CUUACUCGAAGCUGCUGGAACCGGAGCCGUGACAGCAACAUGGUGCAACGCCCUCCGUGCCAGCCGUUAGCCUCAAAUGAAUGCCAAUAAAAGCAACAGUCUUCUCUCAUAAGCCGAACCCCAUAGACAGCAUUUUAACCCCCAGCCAAUCUACACUAACAGCAGCGGCUAGCCAAUCACCGCGCUCAUACUGGAAUGAUGACGCAUUUUCCCUCGGUAGCUGGGUGGAUCCUACGGCCUAUCGUGUCACAUGACAGUGUUGAGUGACACUUCCUGCGACCAAUAAGCGAUUGAGCCCAGCUUUCCAUUGGCGCCUUGGAAAUAGUCACCGAUCUGGGAACAUGUCUGGGCGAAGCGGGAAAGGCCGGGGUGAGCGGUACCGUUAAUUGGGGGGAACAUUACUAAACAGCGAACUGAGAAACAAAAAUUGUCAAUUAAUAAAAUACCUGAUGGUUUGUAGAGGUGUUCUCCCCACACACUACAACCACUGCGCACACCAUAACCACUGCACACACUAUAACCACAACGCACACUAUAAUCACAACACACUAUAACCACAACGCACACUAUAAUUACAACACACACUAUAACCACUGUGCACACUAUAACCACAAAACACUAUAAUCACAACACACACUAUAACUACUGCGCACACUAUAAUUACAACACACACUAUAACCACUGUGCACACUUUAACCACUGCGCACACUAUAAUUACAACACACUAUAAGCACUGCGCACACUAUAAUCACAACACACACUAUAACUACUGUGCACACUAUAACCACUGCGCACACUAUAACCACAAUACACACUAUAAUCACAACACACUAUACUCACAAGUUCCUAUUAGUCUCAUUUGUACAAUUCGGCUUCCCCAAUCUGCUUUAUAGUGAAUAAACCCCACUGUUACCGAAUUCUCUGCACCGUGAAUGUGUGGGAGAAGUUGGCCUGUGUCUGGGUAGAUGGUCAUUGCAUCUAAGACGAAGGAACAAAUUUUCCUUAUGACUUACAAUCUUAUUAAAUAUAAUGUACAGACUAAAAAGGGAGCAUGAGUAGAUAAGGGUGCACAUAGUUAUUCUCUAAACAGCCAAUUGCAGAAAAGUCCAAAUGGUAAACUUUAUCUGUACAAAAUAGUUUGAUUUGUAGCUGAAGCCUAUAACUGAAUUGUAGAUUAUUUUUUUUCCAGCUGUUUUUCCAUUCAGAUUCUAGUUCAGAGGAGACUUGUUUUAAUUGCUAAAGUUAGAGUUUGAAGUUAAUUUCAAAUGUGAGGUCAAGCUAGCUGAAUUGGAAAAAAUAUGUCAGCUAUGAUUUAAAUUUGGUUAAAGUAAGCAGGGAAAAAACAGAACACAUUUGAGAUUAAAAUAACAUAUUUCAACACCAUAAACUAGGGAUUUGGUGUAUAUUUUGGUUUUCUAACACACUAUCAAAACUCUAUAUAAACCUAUAUCUUAAUGUUAAAUGUAUGUGUGAUUAUGAAUAUAUUUUUAUUUCAGUAAUUUUAUAUGCACACAUUGCAUACUGCCAUACUCUUGUUUUUUGACAUCAUAUACAAACACCUCUAAAGAUUUCCACUAUCCAUUGCAAAGUGAAAAAAAAAAUGGCCUAGAGAGUAUGCAAUAGCAAGUAACUUCUAAAGUCUGGUUAGCAGUACAGCUCUUCAUAUUUUAAGCCCUGAUAUAUAAUGUACUCAACUGUUGUCAAAGAGCCUUUAUGAACUUGCAAAAAUGAGAUGCUAUGGUAUUAUGAGAGCACGUGCACUCCUGAACCCACGGCGCUAAGGAAACGUUUUUUAAAUACUAUUCUGGGACACAGGUAUCUAACUAAUGGCAUAAAAUAAACUUUUGUAAUAUUGUGAAAUACAUAGCUUUUAAAAAAAUAAAAUAAUUAGUUUUACUUUAAAUUUAAAGGCUUACUCCAAGCACCAUAAUCGUUACAGCCUGCUGUAGAGGUAAUGAUGGAGUACCUUUUUAUUGGUAAUGAUGGAGGCCCUUUUUAUUGGUAAUGGAGCAAAACAUCUUACAACACUUUGCAGUCUUACCGGGCACCGAGGGUCCUCCAGUGACGGCCUCCGGGUUCUGUAAAGCUACAGAACCCCAAAGUCAAUGCCACGGCCAUUCAAUGACUGAGAGCAUUAGUAUAUUGCUCUCUGCCAAUGAAUGCAAUUCUGUGCUUAGGAAUAUGCAAAGAAUUGCCUGGAACUCUAGUUCCGUGAUGACUAAUGACAACGCUAAGACGCUGCAAAGCGGUUAUGCUCCCUAUGUGCAGUGGUUCAAAGCAACACGUUGCAAAUACAGACUCAAAGUACAAUGACCACUUCAAAUGACUGAAGUAGUCAUGGUGCUUGGAGUAACCAUUUUAUCAUGUUUUGCUCCUUUAAUUUAACUUCAUUCCCCCACCUUUCCCCAGCAGUGGCUUCUCAGAAAAGAAAAGCUGUAACAGAUUCAAAACCAACGAUUGAAGUAAAACUUGAGCCUGAAGAUCUGAGUACUGAAGUAAAACUUGAGCCUGAAGAUCUGAGUACUGAAGUAAAACUUGAGCCUGAAGAUCUGAGAUCAAAGUCUGUAGUAAAAGAAGAAGUUGAGACACGCUGGGAAUGGCAAGAUGGGGACGUGUGGAUGGCUUAUGCUCCUGAACUGAACACUCAAAUUAAUCAGGCAUUCAGGUGAGGAAUUAAAUAUGACCAGCCCAUGACUUCUUUGUCCAUAGUUUUUAUAUUAUUUCUCAAUAUGUAAUUUGCAUUUAACUUUGGCACUUUAGCUGUAAUUUUACUAUAAUUAACUUCAUGGGCUACCUCAUUAGUAUAAUGGUUACAUGCUGUAGUAGUAGUUAUGGAGGAAUCCCCUGGCACUGUCCCACAGUAUGCCAUCCAGUUGUUUACAAAUAGUUUGACAUACACCUGGCUUAGUGGGGUUCCGGAACACAGUCCUUCUGAUCUGCACUGAUUUGGUAAAGCAGAAGCUCAUAUUUUGGCACUUUGGAGAUCAUUUAUUGGCUAAGAAUGUUUUCCAAAGCUGAGCAAAUUGAUAUUAUUAUUAAUGUAAGAACUGCUUUAGCACAUCAGUGCAGCUGGCCAGUACCAUCGGUUACUAAUAGUGCUCGUAAACAGCUCACUACGGGUCUAAUUCAGGGAACUCUUGUCACAUUAACAAUGUGAACUGUUUGCUGCUUUGCCUGUCCCUGUAAGAUAGUUAUCAAACUAAAAGGCACAGAUGGCAGCGGCAAAGAUUGCUGAUUCAACCAGGUGCUCAGUGGUUCUUUUUAAAUUAUAUCAACUUGCUGCAGGCAUUGAUUUUUUUUUUUUAGAGAUUUGCACUGCACAUCAAGGCCUCCCAACCGUCUUUAUUUCAGCAGGACAGUCCAGAUUUUCAUGUCCUAUUUCACCAUCCCAAUUUAGUUCCCUAAAUUGUGCUGUGUGCAGGGCACUAGGACCCUGCAGAGAUCACUGAAACGUGAUUAGAACCCAGGGGAGUAUAGAAUCCCCAGUGUGAAUAUAGCAGUUCCCCUCCAAUCAUGAGACCAAGUUACGUGUUGAGGGUAAAACAGGAACUCCAUUUUAAUGGAGGCACACUGGCCUUUUAUGCAAGUUUCCCAACAAAGGUGACAACCAAGUGUACAAGCCAAUAAAAACAACGUGACAGCGAAUGACACUCCCACAUACAGUACACAAUCCCUCCCCUCUGCCGGUGAUAUAAUCAAGGCAGAUAAUGCAUUAAUAUAAUUAUCCCCAGGCAGAAAAAACACACAUUUUUAUUAAGUACCACAAAACACACCAUAUCCCCAUAAAUGUUACAUCCCCUGAUCUGGGUAAACAACAUAUCCAAAAAUCACCCAGAUCAGAUAAGGUAUUUAGAAAUUUUAUGGAAGUCAUAUUUUUGCACAAGCAUGAUCCCAUGCCCAAAACAGUUCCAUAGAAUCGCAGCUAAGUCCCCCUGAAGUCUAUUCGUGGUUUUGGUCCAUGCGAACAAGAUGGCCGCCACCACGUGUUCGAAUGUUGAAUGGCGGCCACUUCAACUGUUUAGGAGUUCGAAGAACCAUUGUUUAAAGUCCCAAUAGCCACAAAUAGGGUCUCUCAACCACAAAAAAAUUAAAGGGGCCAUAGUCACAGGGUAAAAGGCUGGCAAGUAGUCCCCUCCAAACCCCAGUGGCGAAGUGGCUUUCAUCACAUGCACGAAGAAAUGAUUUAAUUGUCGUAUUUAUUACAUACAAUGGACAGUUUACUUAGCACACCUUAGACCUAAAAACAGUAAAAUUAACGGAUAGGCUGUUAAAUUGAACUUGAGUUGUUCUUUUAGUCUUGUUUAACUUGAGGGUUAAAGAGUUAAUUUUAAAAUUCUAAUAAUUUCUUCCAUUAAUUAAAGGUUAAUUGGUUCAUAUUGUUUUUUGUCUUUAUUGAAAAUUUUCUUUUUACAUAUACAUAGACAUACAUUUGUUUAUAUUCAUGUAAUAUUAAAGCGGCACUGUCAUGGGCGCAUCUGUUUGUUUGUUUAUUUAUUUUUUACCCCCCCCCCCAAUAUUAUGCAUGUGGCUGCUCACUGUUGUGAAUUCCCCCCUUUCCCCACUUAUCUAUCAACUAGCGCGAGUGUGGGCUAUGCCCCGUGGGUGAGGACCCUAAAUGACCAGUGAGCGGGGGUGGGGGCCCUAAGAUGGGGAUGGGGGGGGGGCCUAUUGUCCCAGCCCCCACCAAUGAGCUGCGGGUGAGGCCCUCGUGACAAUGGGGGGGGGAGCAUAGGUCCCCUCCUGGUCCCCACCCAUGAGUGGCAGGUGGGGACCCUACAUGAAAAUGGGGGGGGGGGGCGGAGCCAAGCCAGAAGGCUGACAAGUCUUGCCUCACAUGUGCUCCUGCAAAAAGUGCUACAUACUCGACAGAUACUCUGGCUAUUGAGUUGGAAACCCCCGCGUAAUUAAACUACAUAGGUGGAGGUACCCGCAGAUACCAAAAUCAACGCUUGGUACGACUGAGAACAACUGAUGCACGAGAAGACCUAAAGGAGGCAGCGGAGGGGAAGGACGGUCGCUUUCCCCGUUGUCAGGUUACCUUUGGUGUCUACCUCGGAGGAGGUUAGACACCUAGACGUCCAUCCUUCCAGGGGGGCUGACUCACCCGAUCCUUGCACUCCUCCCGGUCAUUUACACGCCGGCCGCGAUAGCUCCGCCUCCUUUUAUGACGCGGCGCUCAGUAGCCGACGUCAUGACGGCAAUCACGUUCCGACCCGUCAAUCACGGCAACCAAGUGCCGAACAACGAAUCAGGACUCGUUGGGGGCGGAGCCAACAGUUAAAGAGCCAAGGUAUAAAAAAGGGUUCUGUGGAAUGAUUCAUUGCCCUGUCGUGGUUCUAGCUAGUCUGGUCACUCAGUGCACUUACCUCUAUUGUCUUUUGGUUCCUGACUCGGCUUGUAUUCUGACCCUGCUUUACUCUCUUGUCCUUUUGACCCGGCUUGUCUCUCGCUUACCUGAUCUCUCGCUCCCUCGACCUCGGCUUGUCUCUGACCAUUCUUUUUGCUCUCUCCUUACGUUAGUCCGGCCACUCUAAGGUCCGGUAUACGUACCUAUCUCCUGUUUGUAUUCUGCGUGUUGGAUCCCUGUCACGAUCCUGACACCCGUACUGCUGCGAACCACACGUAAGCAAACCAUACUGAGCCUAGCGAUACUUGCACACACACCCAGUGGUAUUCUAACCAAGGCAACACAUAGACAGUUGAGCCAUAACGGAAUUAAAGAGUGCAUAUGUGAAUGGUUGACAUGUUAGCUAAGCCAUAACGACCCUUCUACCUUAUAAUUUACUCUCACUUCAGGACAGCUAGCCCUCUGAUGCCUAAGAGCAGGGCACACCGGAAAUGCCUGCAACACUAGCAUAACUUACUUCUACUAAUCGGUACGGUAAUCAGACAGGUGCCUAGCUUGUUAUUUCUAACAUAAUGUUAGACCCUGCAGAACUAGCAAAAAUUAAGGCAUGUCAUACUUAGCAGAGUGUACCAUUGAUCUCAAGUGCAGAACGUCUACCACGUAUGCGACUCCAGGCUCAAUCUUUGUUUUGCAUACCAUGGGAUUUAUGUGCAUGUACUCCUUGUUUUAUUUUCUGUAUCGUUUUUCCAUAUGCCUCAAUAAAAACAAAGAUUGACAAAAAAAAAAGAAUAUGGGAGGGACCUAUUGCCCCCAAAAAUUAACAUUUUCUACCUACCCCCUCACCCUUAAAAUAGUGAGUGGGGAGGGGCAAUAAAGCUAAGUCCCUGUAAAUAAAAAUAAAUACUUACCUUUUGAAGUCUUUUAUUUUUUUUCAGCCCCAAAAAAGGCCAGAUUAAAAACCAUAAAGCCUGUUGAAUUUAUAAAAUAAAAGGACCCGAGCGCAAAAAAUAAAUAAUCCAUGUUCACCCAGCGAGGGCAUCGCGUAGACUGAGCUCCGCAUGGCGGGUGAAAGGCCUUCCCUACGCCCUGCAAUUUGACUCAGAGGGCUUGGAAUCCAACUAAUCAGAGUGCUCUGAGUAAUUUUACACAGCGUGGGAAAGUUCUUUGGAAUUUUUGCACGCUGUGUAAUUUGACUCAUAACAAUACUCUGAGUGGCUUGGAAUCCAGAGAACAAGAAGCAAUUGGGGAAAGGUGAGUUCGUCAUGACAGUGCCACUUUAACGGUGCGUUAUUCCAACAUAAAUACAUUUGUGGCACUUCAUAACCAUUCAUUCCUCAUUCAUUCCCCUAAAGAAAGAAAAUAAAUAAAACACAAAAUAAUGCAGAUUUUUUUUUCUCUGCUUGAUUACUCUCAGAGAGAAUUAUAUCAUAGUAUGACUCAAGAAGGAAUAAGAGUUCAUCAUAUAGGCUAUUUGAUGAUGAGACCGUGCUUUUAGUCUAAGCCAAAUUACAUACAUAUAUAUAUAUAUAUAUAUCUACCCUUUUCUAUCUUUUUUUAUUUUGCUUCAUGCACAGGGUAUAUAACAUUUGAGUUAGGAAAUAUUGGUCCACAUCUCCCAUACUUUUAUGUGUAUUAAAAUCUUAUUUGACUUUCGGUAAAAUCCUUCUUCCAUUUGUUGUUUGAUAUAUAAUCUGGUUGUUUAUUACUGGCCAUAUUGGUGCCAAUUAGUUUUUCUAGUUUCUGGCUAACGUGAAUAAGAAUAAUAUUUUUUGUUCAUGGUUGCAAUUUGAAAAAUCCAAAUGAAAUAAAAAUGUCUGGGGUAAUAAUAUUGCCUGAGAUCUUCCUUUUUUAUUCUAAUUCCUCACAUUUCCUUUCCUUCGCAUAUAGUGUACCUAUUUCCUUGGAACACCUCCAGCAUUUAACUAUUUUUACAUUUUUUUUAAUUCUAUAUGGAGUGAGAUACCAUCUGUGGGUGAUUUAUUUUUUAAUUUUUUAUAAAGGGUCUCUUGUAUGUUAAGACUGUGGGUGAUUUUUCUGAUCCCAGUAAAUACACCUUCCCGUGUUUCCAGUGUGAAAGAUUUAUUUAUAUCUCUUUCCCAUUUUUUUUAAAUGGGUUUGGUUUUAAUCUAUAACCAUAAGGUCCUUAACCAUAUGUGUAACUUUAGAAAUUUGUUUUUAUGUUUAUUAAUAACAUUUUCAAAUUCUGGGUGUACUUUGAUAUCUAAGGCAUUCAUUAGGUGUCUUAUUCUAGCAUAAUUCUACAGGUCUUGAAUUGAAUUGGAGUAUCUAUAAAUGAUUUAAUUUUCCCCAGCAAUUUGAAUUAUAUUUUGAAUAUUACAUUCUAUCCAUUUUGAUACAUCUAUAUCACUAAUAUAGAAAUUAAUAACCUAAAAUGGUGCAGAGGAAAUUAGUUCAUUGCAUAUGCCCAAUUUCUUCUUAAAUAGUUUGAGAGUAGUGAUUGACUUAUUUACGAUUUUUAUUUGAGAAUGAAUACUUUUUAUUUUUAUUUUUUUUAAAUGUUCAGAGCCAAUCCAGGCUAGUUUAAAUAGGGACGUACUUUUUGUUCCAUAUAUUUCCAGCUUGGAUCAAGAUUAAUAAGAUUGCCCCAUUUCAAGAAAUGGGUAGGGAUAGUACAAUCAUGUAAUUCUAUUAUAUCAGCAAAAUUUAUUCCGCAUUUAUUCACUCUUUUGGUGAGUGUAAUAUAUGAAACUCUGGGUGUCUUAUUUCCCCAUACAUGAAUAAAUUUCAUAAACUGUUUUUUAAUUGAUGAAGUAUUGAAGAAUGUACUCUUAUGGUUAUGGAUCGGAAUUAAUUUUGGGAUCACAUAUGCUGAGACAGUAAUUAUACAUCCCGCCAGGAAAUUUCUAACCCCUUCCAUUCUGAAAAGUCUCUUUAAACCAUAAUAAUAGUUUCUUAUAAUUUUCUACCAUUUUGUCUAUAUUUGAUAAAAUUUGGAUUCAUUGACAUUCUAUCUUCUCAUUAUUGGGGGAUAGGUCAAAGCAAUCUAGAAAAUGGAGACAGGAUAGAAAGGAGAUGGGCUUUAGCUCCGUGUAAGGAUGGGAGGGAUGGGAAAGCUCAGAACAGAGGAGGUAUGUAAUAUUGAUGAAAAUUCACAAAAAGUAUAAAUGACUCAUGACAAUAUUAAAUGUAUGCUUACUAAUGCAAGGAGCCUAUAUAAUAAAAUGGGCGAACUAGAGGCAAUAGCAUACAUUAAACAAUAUGAUAGAAUAGGUAUAACAGAAACAUGACUGGGCAGUUAACUUAACCCCUUAAGGACACAUGACAUGUGUGACAUGUCAUGAUUCCCUUUUAUUCCAGAAGUUUGGUCCUUAAGGGGUUAAAUGGGUACACGUUAUUUAGGAAGGAUAGGAAAAACAAGAACGGUGGUGGGGUAUGUUUGUAUGUCAACCAUGAGUUAAAGUCAAAUCUUAGGCAUGUGGAGUGUGACAAGGAAAAUGUGGAAGCUUUAUGGGUAGAUAUCUGCUUGGGGCAAACGUAGGGAAAUCAAUUAUUGGUUGGGAUAUGUUAUUAACCACCUAAUGUAAAUAUUAAUGAGGAAGAACAGCUGUUAGAGCAAAUUGGGAAAGCUGCAAAUCGGGAUGCAUGUUAAUUAUUGGAGAUUUUAAUUACCCGGGCAUAAAUUGGGAUAGAGUUACUAGUACUUCAGCAAGGGGAAUCAGGUUUUUGAAUGUGUUAAAUGACACCUUUAUGUCGCAACUGGUACAAGCACCAACUAGAAAGGAUGCUGGUCUGGAUCUUGUUAUAACAAACAAUGUUGAUCUUUUGACUAACAUUCAAGUAGGGGAGCACUUGGGAAAAAGUGAUCGCAAUAUGGUAAGAUUAGGGCAGCUCUACAACAUAUAGACUGGCAUAAACUCCUUAGUGAAAAAAACACUGAGGAUAAAUGGAAACUAUUCAAACAAAUAUUAGAAAGGUACAUUUCUCAGUAUGUACCAGUGGGUAAUAAAUAUAAAAGAAACAAAUUGAAAUCAAUGUGGUUUAGUAGAGAAGUAAAACAAGAGAUUAAAAAUAAGAAAAGGGAAUUUGAAUCGGACAAAUCAGAGGCAUCCUAUUUAAGAUAUAAGGAAGCCAAUAACGCUUGCAAAAAGGCAAUUAAAGUGGCUAAACUAGAAAAUGAGAAAUUGAUAGCCAAAGAAUGCAAAACCAACCCCAAAAAGUUUUCAAGUACAUCAAUUCUAAAAAAAACAAAAAAUGAAAGUGUAGGUACACUGGAAACAGAGAUGGGUCUGUUAGUUAAGGAAGACCAGGAAAAGGCAGAAAUUUUAAAUAACCUUUUCUUCAGUAUAUAUUAAUGAGGAUCCUAUGGCAAGAGAUAUGCAAAUGAUUGCUGCAAAAAAUUUGCAGAUGACUUGUGAUUGGAUAACUCGAGACAAGGUGCUACAGCUGUUCGAGAUAAUGUAAAUAAAGCUCCGGGGCCUGACGGUAUUCACCCACAAGUACUUAAGGAGCUAAGUAGGGAAAUAAUUGAACCUCUGUAUUUAAUUUUUCAAGAUUCUUUUGUUUCAGGUAUUGUACCGGAGGAUUGGAGGAAGGCAGAAUUCGUUCCUAUAUUUAAAAUGAGUUCAGAAUCCUUGCCUGGAAAUUUAUAGACCUGUGAGCUUAACUUAAAUUAAGGGAUAAUAUUCAGGAAUUAAUUGGGAAGAACUUUGUUAUUAGCAAUAAUCAGCAUGAUUUUAUGAAACCUAGGUCAUGUCAAACUAACCUAAUUGCAUUCUACGAAGAAGUAAGUAGAAGCAUAGAUCAGGGUGUUGCAGUGGAUGUGAUCUACUUGGAUUUUGCCAAGGCAUUUGAUACGGUUCCUCACAAUAGGUUAGUCUCCAAACUAAAAAAAAUUGGUCUAGAUCAGGGCUGUCCAACCUGCGGCCCCCACUACAACUCCCAUGAUUCCCUGGCUAUCUGUUUCAUUGAAAGAAUCAUGGUAGUUGUAGUUCAGCGACAUCUGGAGGGCCGCAGGUUGGACAGCCCUGGUCUAGAUGAUUAUUCUUGUUCUUGGGUAGAACAUUGGUUUGGAUAGAGUACAAUGAAUUGUCAUUAAUGGUACAUUUUCAGGCUAGACAAAAGUGGUAAAUGGUGUCCCUCAGGGUUCUGUUUUGGGACCGCUUCUUUUUAACAUAUUUAUAAAUGAUCUUGAAAUGGGCAUUGAAAGCCAUGUUUCAGUGUUUGCCGAUGACACAAAACUUUGUAAAGUAUUAAAAUGUGAGCAGGAUAUUGCUUUGCUGCAGAGGAAUUUGGAUAGAUUGGGGGACAGGGCACUAAAAUGGCAUAUGAAAUUUAACCAAGAGAAAUGCAAAGUUAUGCACUUCUGGGUCAAGAAUGCACAAUCAAUUUACACCUUAAAUGGUAGUGAAUUAGGGAUAACCACACACGAGAAGGAUUUGGGAACUGUUAUAGACAACAAAUUAGGCAGCAAUAUGCAAUGUCAAUCUGCAGUUGCUAAGGCCAGUAAGGUUUUUUCAUGUAUAAAUUGGGGCAUCAAUUCUCUAGAUGAAAAUAUAAUUUUGCCUCUUUAUAAUUCAAGACCACUCCUUGAAUAUGCUGUGCAAUUUUGGGCACCUGUUCUAAUGAAGGAUAUCAUGGCACUAGAAAAAGUGCAGAGACAAGCUACAAAAUUGAUAAAAGGAAUGGAGCAUUUUAGUUACGAAGAAAGGUUAAAAAAUUUAACCUCUUUAGUUUGGAAAAACGGCGCCUCAGAUGGGAUAUGAUAACAUUAUACAAAUAUAUUCGGGGCCAGUACAAACCAUUAUCUGGAAAUCUAUUCAUAAACAGGGCUAUACAUAGGACAUGUCACACAUUUAGGCUGGAAGAAAGGAGAUUUCAUCUAAGGCAAAGAAAAGUGUUUUUGUUUUUGUUUUUUGGGGGGGGGGAGGGGUUUAAAGUAAGAGUAAUAAGGAUAUGGAAUUCCCUGCCUGAAUAGGUGGUUUUAUCAGAGUCCAUUCAGAUGUUUAAACUGCAAUUGGAUAAACACUUGCAAAAACAUAACAUACAGGGAUAUAAUUUCUAAUUAGUGGGGUAAUAGCUGCUUGAUCCAAGGAGACAUCUGACUGCUACUUUUGGGGUCAAGAAGGAAUUUGUUCCUAGUUUGCUGCAAAAUUGGAAGCGCUACAGACUACGUUUUUUGCCUUCUUUUGGAUCAACAGCAAAAACAUAUGUGAGGAAGGCUGAACUUGAUGGACGCAAGUCUCUUUUCUGCUAUGUAAUUAUAGAAGUUCCACUUAUACUUUUCUUCUAGAUACAUUAAAUAUUCAGAAUUUAUAUUAAAAGUUAAUUUGUUUUAUUUAUAUUUAAGUGGUAGCCUGAAUAAUUACCAAAAUUUUAAAUUAGUUUCAUUACAUUUGAAAUUUAAUCUAUUACAUUGGAGAGAGCUAGAAUAAUAUCAUACACAUAUAAGAGUAAUUUUAUGAUUUUCCGAAUUAAUCUGCAGUCCUUCAAUCUUAUAAUUUUGUCUAAUUGCAGCUGCUAGAGGUUCUAUAGCGAAGACAUAAAGGAGUGACGCCAGAGGACAGCCUUGUCUGGUGCCAUUCCAAAUGUCGAACCAAUUAGAUACUAUGCCUGGACAAAUGACUCCCGCUUGUGGGUUUGUAUAUAAUGACAUUGUACUUUCUUUUAAAAAAAAGCCUGUCAGGCCAAAGUUUUCCAUCACCAGUCCCAGAAAUUUCCAGUUCACCAUGUCGAACGCUUUUUCUGCAUUUAAUAGUAUAAAAACUGAUUUAUAUUUUUUGUAUUUUUAGAUGAUCCAUCAUGUUUAAGGUUUUACGGGUAUUAUCAGCAAUAUCUCUACCUGAAACCAAGCCUGUUUGAUCCUUGUGAAUGAUUUCAGGGAUCACCAUUUUCAAUCUUUGUGCCAGUAUUUUUGAAAAUAUUUUUAUAUCUGUUUAUCAGGGAGAUAGGUCUAUAGUUCAACAGGGUUCAUAUGAAAAAUUAUAUUACUUUAGCCAGAUAAUGAACCUUAAAAUUGAUGUAGAGCUGGGUUUUAAGAUGCAAAGAUUUAAUUUGUUUAAUAGAGCCAAGAUGUGAAGAAUAAAGAGAUUAUCCAAACUGCUACCUUUGCAACAUGUAUAACAAAAGAUUUUCCCAGAUGCUCAGUUUAAUCACUAUCUAUUCUGUGUUUGGUGCUCUAUCUAUAUGGGUAAAUCCUUGAGGUUAUUCUCCAAAACUGAUUCCUGCUGCUUUUUCAAGAUGUUUCCUAGAUUGAAAGCUAUGUACAGAAGGUACAUUACACAUUUCUGUCAAAAGCUGAACUGCAUGUACACAAGUCCUUUUUUUUUUUUCCAGUGUAUGUGUGAAUCUGUAUUGAUUUUCAUCUAAAGAGAUUCAAAUUCAAGUAAAAAAAGUCUGUUCUCAGUCCUGCAUGACAAGUAAAACCAAUAAACUAUUUUGAAACUCAACAGAAUGAACAACCAGAUAGGAAGGGGGGAGGUCAGGGUCACCUUGAUAAAAUAAAUAUAUAUGUAUAUGUGUGUAUAUUAUGUUGUAGGUAGGUGUGUGUGUGUGUGUGUGUGUGUAUAUAUAUAUAUAUAAUAUACACACACACACACAUCUGAACAUGCAUAAAUGGGGUGUUGCUUGGGGCCAAAUUAUACAAUACACAAGAUCCAGCGCACUCACCUAUCCACUAAACAGCAACUUCAAUGUUGACAGAUUUUAUUAGUUUUUUUUUUUUUUUAAACACAUAAUCUAGGCAAAAAUAAUGGGGGGUUUAGUUACAUUAUAUGAUAAUACAUUGCAUAAGCCUGCCACAACAUCAAUGUACUCCAUCUUUGGCAGGUCCUACUCUAACAGCCUAUAUAUAUUAUAUAUAUAUUACACACAUGCCAGUGUUCACUGAUUUGUAACCUUUAAUGUGACACUUUCAUGCCAAACUUACCUUUUUCCUAUUGUUUCCUCUUCCUCUCUUAGAAUCUGUUCUUCUUUUCUUCCUAUCUGAUCUUUAAAACAUAAGACAAAGUAGGGACUAGUUUGUCUUAUGAAUUUUUCUUAAGCUUGACUUUCAUUGACCACUGACUGCUCCUGUGUUCUCACAUUUUUUCAUUCGCCGUUCGAACGUCCUGUCAUUUAGAAAGCAAAUCCACAGAAUUUCGUCCAACAAAAUGUGUGCAGUUUCUUCAUUCGUGUGUGGAUGAAAUUCACGAGUUUAGUUUAGUUCAAAAUUUUAUGGCUUUUUGUGUGUGAUAUCGGGUCUUUAAAAAAAAAAAAAAAAAAAAUAUUAUUAGUUUGGCUGGAUUUAUAGAUCGGGGGCGGGGAUUUGGAGACUGUGAGUGGUGGGGAGCACUACUCCUCGCCGCUUUUAUUUUUACAAAAAGGGAGCUGCAAGCCGGUAGCUCCCUUUUUGUAAUAAACUAUAUGAACGCCUCAGACAGGGGGGUGGAGCAAUGACAUGGCCACGCUGAUGACGGACGCCCUCUGUAUGUAGGGCGCAACCUGAGCGGGAACUCGAGGAGAACAAGUGGUUCUCAACUUGGCUUGCAUCUUGGAGCUAACGGCGAUACACCCACCCUGCGGCCAGAUUCUGAUCUUCCCUUGGUUUGGUGCCACACAAGAUCUCGACUUCAAAAGAUGGAGGCGAAGGCUAGCACUCAACUAGCUUGCCUAGGAGUCCAUAAAUACUCCAUAAGAAGACAUAACGUGGCAUUAGGUUACCCUGGAGCAUCCUCAAACUCCGGCCCCCCAGAUGUUGCUGAACUACAACUCCCAUGAUUCUCUAGCAAUCUAUGUAAUUCAAAGAAUCAUGGGAGUUGUAGUUCAGCAACAUCUGGGGGGCUGGAGUUUGAUGACCCCUGCUCUAACUAAAUGUCAGCUGGCAGUCUAUCCAGAGGUAUUGGGGCAGUGAGUAUUUUUGCUGUUUAAAUCUUACCCAUAUGAAUCAAAAUCCAUGCAACUUUACCAUAUAGAAUCUAAAUGUUGUUUUGUAUUUGUUUUUGUGCUUCUAUCUAUAUGCAUUGGGAUGGCUGAGAGUGAUUACUGGACUAAUACUUGCUUAGAGCCAGCAGUACUUACAACACUUUUUUUUGAGAGCGUUAUCUAUUUUAUUUAUUUAUAUAUUUUUUGAAGGCGACUCCUUAAAAUCUUAAACACUUCACAACAGCGAAAAAUGGAGGCUUGCUGAAAGAACAUAAAAACUUAAUCUAGCACACUUUUUGGAUACUCUAAAAAUUUAGUUGAUUUAUUUCACUUGGUUUUCAGAUUAGGACACAAUUACAUGCCAUUUUGUUUUCAAAACGAUUCAAACAGUUUGUCAUUGGAGUAGGAUAAGAUAUUGUGGAGCAGGAUCAUUAUUUAGCUUGCAGCUUUUGGAAGCUGCUUCAUUAAUUGUUAGCCUGUCUAACUUGUGAUGGUGUAAUAAGUGGCAAAUUAAUUUGAUUUCAACCUGGAUUCACACAUGAAUCAAUCCAGCUGAAUAUGGAAGCUGACGCUUUGCCAAAUUAUCUGUUACACCUGCCAAGCUUAUAGUUGACCAAGGAAAAAAAACUGAUUUUUAUUUAUUUUUUCCUCUGUUUGGUGAAUCUUUCUUUUAAGAUCUACAUAAAACUGUAAACUUUGUUUGGAGAAAAGGGCAGGGUCAGGCCGAAAUCCACACUGCUGAUCAUUUCCAACUACUGUCAAAUCUGAUUUAUUAUGUAUAAGCGGCACACUGUUAUGCAUAAUGAGGUGGAUUUUGAACUAGCUCAAACCAGCUAGAUAUACAACUAGCUGAGUGAUUAUUUAAUUCUUACACAGCAGCAGUGAGUUGGGCGAGCCUCAGUAAUUGCAGCCAACCUGUCUGAAUUAGUUUUUUGUUGUUGUUGUCGUUUUGAUUUUUUUGUGUUCCUUCUUCUUACCGUUAAGAAGAAAAUAAACAAAUUAUAGAGUAGCAUUGGCUACAAAAUAAAUAAAUUAUCCCAAAAAUGGAAAUAAAAAGAAAUACGAAAAGAAGACUGACUGAUUUUUAAAAAAAGUGAUAAAAGUAUUUUUCUAAUUUCUUUUCCCAAAUGCAAGAUGACACGACAAGAAGAAAAAAUCAAAAAGAUAUAUUAAGUAGGGAUGCACCAAAAUGAAAAUUCUGGGCCGAAAAUUCAGGAUGCCCUUGGCUGAAAAACUAAACCGAAAAUUACUUUUUUUUUUUUCUAUAAUUGUAUUAUACUUUUUAAUGAAUCUAUUAUGAAAAACUACAAGCCAAUAAAAUAACCACACUUUUAUUGAAUGUAACACACCAAGAAAAUAACUUAAAGGACCACUAUAAACUUAAAGGACCACUACGAAAUUUAACCUCUCUAAAACUGAACUUGUCUUUCCUCCUCCUAAUACAGAUCCUCCUCUCUCGCUCUCCCUUCAAGUCAGUGAUAUCCACAUAAAUCCAUUCCUGCAAGCACGCUGUCUUGGCGUCAUACUUGACUCUGGUCUCACCUUUGAAUCUCACAUCCAGUUUGUUGCCAAGUCCUGUAGGUUCCAACUCAAAAACAUAGCCUGCAUUCGCCCCUUUCUUACGCAAGAUGCUACCAAGGAGCUUGUCCAUGCUCUAGUAAUUUCCUGCAUGGAUUACUGUAACUCUCUCCUGAUUGGUCUCCCCAAAAGCCGUAUUGCCCCGCUACAGUCUGUAAUGAAUGCUGCAGCUAGACUGAUUUUCCUGUCUAGUCGGUCCUCUCACACCUCACCCCUCUGCCAGUCCUUACAUUGGCUCCCUGUAUGCUAUAGGAGUCAAUUCAAAGUGCUAACCCAUACAUUUAAAGCACUGAACAAUUCUAGCCCCACUUAUAUCUCUUCACUAAUCCAUAGAUAUGCCCCUGCUCGUACCCUCCGCUCUGCCCGUGACCACCCCCUGACCGCUGCUCGCACCCGUACGGCCAACUCGCACUUGCAGGACCUCUCGCGGGUGGCUCUUCUCCUAUGGAAUAGCUUGCCUACUGCCAUCAGACUCUCCCCUAGUCUUCAAUCAUUUAAGAAGAGCCUUAAAACCCAUCUCUUCAGGAAAGCUUAUGGCCUCCCAGAGUAAUCUCUACCCUACAUACCUGUCUCCUGCUCUCUCCUAUGGGACAGUGCUUUGCUCUCUCCUCCAGCUCUGCUUCACUCCUACUUGAUAUUUCCUGUCCUAAAUGUUUCUAAUACCACACCUCCUAUAGGGUCAUCUUUAACCUAUUGUUCCUGUAAAUUUUCUUGUAAUUGUCCUAUUUAUUGUUACAUCCCCCCUCUCAAAAUAUUGUAAAGCGCUACGGAAUCUGUUGGCGCUAUAUAAAUGGCAAUAAUAAUAAUAUAGUGCCAGGAAAACAUACUUGUUUUCCUGGCACUAUAGUACCCUCAGGGUCCGCCUCCCGCCCGUCUCUGGGGAGAGGAAAGGGUUAAAAUUUACCUUUUUUCCAGCACCGGGCGGGGAGCUCUCCGCCUCUUCUCCUCUUCUUCACUGAAACUGCUAUGUUUAUUUUAAAAAAAAAAAAAAGGGUUAAUCCUAGAGGGACCUGGCACCCAGACCACUUCAUUAAGCUGAAGUGGUCUGGGUGCCUAGAGUGGUCAUUUAACAAUAUAAAUAAAAAUCUGUUUGUUAUAUAGGACUGAAGAAUAAUAUAUUGUUGAUAUUAAUUUAAUAUCAAUAUACAAUCUUCAGUUCUAUGUAACAAAAUCAGAUGUAACUUUUUUUUUUUUUUUACGAGUUAUCCAAUUAAGUAUAGUCCUAGAAAACUAUUAUAUGCAAAACCGUAAGAGCUAGGUAAAUUACAUACAUUUCAUUGGUAAGCUUUAACAAUGAUCUGUCUGAUUACAUUUCCAACUCCAUUAAAGUCUAUAUGAAGUUGGAAAUAUAAUCAGACAAUACCAUCACUGUAUGAAGGAUAUAAUUAUAAUACUAUCACUGUAUUAACAAUAUAAUUAUCACUGUAUGAAGGAUAUAAUGUGUCAGAGUGCUAAGCUGAAGCACUAAACCAAUGAGCCAACUGUGCAUGGCAGGGCUUAGCUCAGUAGGGCUAACGGAAGCUUCUUGCAGGGGCUUUUAGCUUCAUAAGUUGUUUGAUUACAUAUCCUGGGAGGAUGCAUGAAAACCACCACAGCGGGGUGGGCUGUAAUAGUUAUGGUGCUUAAAGUUUUCCUUUAAUCAUUGCAUUGACAUUUCUCUGGAAGUGACAGUUCCACUUUAAAAGUGUAGUUGUUGUGGUGCUUGGAAGUAUUCUUUUAAUUGCAUACUCAUUGCACACUCCCUAGAUACGCAGUCUUGUAAAAACUGUUAAGCUGUCAAUCAGUUUUUGUAGCUAUAGUAAAAAGUGUUUGCAUUAUUUGUAUAGACUGAGUAACAGUAACUAGAAGCCAUGCCUGGUGAAGAAGUCUAUUGAAUACUCUGUACUUUCAUCAUACAUAAUUUGAUUGAUAGUUUAUUACCAAUGCAUAUUUCUAAGCUACCCAUCUUCAAUCCUCAAAGGCUAUGCAUCCACAAGAGAAAGUAUAACAAAAAAAAAGCUAUGAUUGGACACCACUUUCAAGGGAACAUUCCAAGCACCCUAACCUCUAGAGCGCUGUAGCGGUUAUGGUGCUAGGAGUGCCUCCUCCCCAAAUUUAAGUAGUCAAACAGUUUGCUAAUGUUUUGACACCUUACCAUUGGUCCAUUUGGCACCAGACACCUAAAUGCAGCAGAGCAGGGUUUAGCUCGGGGCUCCAGACAUGUUUCUCCGGCUUUGCUCCGGGCUACAUUCCUCCAUUUCCAGCAUGCUGUCCGCCAGCGGCAUUCCGCACUCACCCCGGGAGAUCCCGCCAGCUGCUUCAAGGAAACAUCCCGAGAUGUCGAGCCAACUCUGAGAACAGGACAGAGAUCAUUUUGAAACAUUGCGAUAACUUGAGCUCUUCCCAAGAACAAGACGGAGGAGAGCUCACUCGUGGCCUGAAAAAUUGCGAGGUCGCGCAAGACGAUGGGCUGUGCCAGGAUAUCUUCCACGUGUCCCGUCACUUAUAGCAACAGCGCUCCGAGCAGAGGCUGUCAUACUGUGACACCGAUACAGGAGGGACACAUCACUGACAGCGAUAAUCAUAGAGAGCACUGUUGAGGAGCUCGAUGAGCUACUAGCAAUGGGAGGAGAAAGGAAUGGGCCAGGGGCAUGCAGAUUUUACCCUUUAUUGGCCGAAAUGGGAUAGGCCCAUUUUCGCAGCUGAAAUUUUGGUGCAUCCCUAAUAUUAAGCUGUAAUAAUGAAGAAUCCAACCCAUUACAAGCUAUGGAAGUGCAUGAUAUCCCUACAAAAGUUCUCCAGUAUUUUGAUCAGGAGCACUUAAAUGCUUGUUUUGAUACACAACUUGGUAAAAUUAAAAAUGAGCUUCAUAUCACACAGAUGAAUGCAAAGAGUAACUGUCGAAACUUAAAACUAAAAUUCAAUGUUUAGAAGAAAAGUUGGAAAGCUCAGCCUUACAGUAUCAUUCACAAGAGGACAAAACUUCCAAUUAAACUCGACGAUUUCUGAAGAAAGAUUUUGGCGAAAUAAUAUACGCUGUGGCGGAACUACAGAGUUCGCAGGGGCCGCAGCUGCGACAGGGCCCGUCACUCCAUGGGGCCCGGCCACCAUGCAGACCCCUGCGACCACAAUGGCUUUAACUGCCGGGGCCGCAUUGAAUGUUAUAAGGGCCACCUGAUGGCAAUAUAUUUCCAGGGGCCCCGGCCAACGCUGCUGCGCUUUAACAGCGCUACCGGGCCCCCUGAGAAGACAUCAGAGAUGGAAGGAAGUAACUGCCCCGGUAGUUUACACCAGGAGUCGUGCGGGAGGAAGAAGGAGAGGAGGGAGUCGGAGUGGAAACUGGCAACUGGACCACAGGUAUAGUCACCCUCCUGCACCUAAAAGGUAAGAAACAGAAGGGUGACUAAACCAUUUUGUGUGUGUCUGUAUGAAUGUUUCUCUAUAUGUGUCAGUGGUCCCAGAACUCACUCUACCCAGGGUAUACAUUUGUGAGUAUAUAUACCUAAUGAGAACAGACCACGCAGCUCGUUUUAUUUUAAUGAGCCUGUAAAAAAAAAAAAAUGGCCCAAGUAAUACAGCUUUGAGGAGUAUCAGGUCCUUGAAAUUGAGAUAGAUGAAGGGCACCAGCUCUUAACUUUAAAACAAAUAUUUAUUGCACAAAAGAUUAAAAGCUUGCAUACAAAGUGUCUCUUAUUCACAGUUCCAUCAGUCCCAAAAAAAGCACAGCGCAUUUCAACGCUUAAAUCAGCAUCUUCCUCAGGUGCAUAGUUAUUGCCUGUGUAAUCCUGGUUUUUAAAUCUUUUCUGGUGCCAAACAUUCAAAUUAGGAACGUCCCCUUACUGUAAUUAUCCAAUUGGGACCCUUAUCCUCCGUUUACCCCACUCAUGGCCACCAUAUUGGUGCUUACGAGGGUGUGUGACGUCACUUCCGGUUCCUCCGUCAUGCGUUGCAAUGGCAGUAUUCUUGCGUUCCACCUUCGGUUUCAUUAUGCCAUGGCUGCAUUAAUCUCAUUCGGUCAGGAUUUCUUUUCGUGGAAGGGUCUCCUUCACUGGCAUCACUGUUCCCAUAAACUCCCUCUUCACUCAACCAUUGUUUCAAUUCCCACAUAAUCAUCAACAUGUAUUUUCCCAUAAGCUCCCCUAUUUUUUUUUUUAUUUUUUUUUUUAAAUGUAUGGUACAUCCCUAUGUACUAUGGACUAAAGACUUUGCACUACUGUGGAGAAAAUGCAUGUUGAUUAUGUGGGAAUCGAAACAAUGGUUGAGUGAAGAGGGAGCUUAUGGGAACAGUGAUGCCAGUGAAGGAGACCCUUCCACUAAAAGAAAUCCAGACAGAAUGAGAUUAACGCAGCCGUCGAAAUAAUCAGAAUUUAGCUGAACUAGACACUGCCCUGGAUGGUUUGGAGAGACUAGAUUUAGUGUUAAUGAUUGGUUAAAUAAAUCCGUUAAUGGUUUUGCUAAUACACCACUAAGUUCUUUUAAUAACUUUUGGGUGUGUCACGUCAGGCCUCAUUGACUUAUUUGUCUUUACUUUUGACUGUUGAAAUAGAAACUCUUCCUCUGUAAACUCACAUGUAACAAAGCCUGUACUCUCGCUCAUAUUAUCUAUACUGAAUUUGAUAAUGUCAAAGAUGAAGCAUGGUACAAAAUUGAAUUGGGCCUGACUAAAACUGGCAAUAUCAAUACAGAACUGGGGGAAAUAUUUUGGCGAACUACAGAUCAAACUACAGUGAGAUUAUCUCAUACAUUUAAAUAAUUUAUUGGACGCAUGGAUUAGGAUUGAUUGUCCUCUCCAAGUUAAAUAAUUUCAGUUUUAUCUCUAACACAACUGAUGUAUAAUAUUCCUGAUCUUAAUCUCGCUAAUUGGAUUAAAUCUGGCUUCACUAAAAUUGACAGUUUACUUGAACAUAACAAAGUAGGAGUAAGAAGCCCAAAAAAUGGGAAGUGGGUGGAUUGGCGCUAAUCUAAAAUGCAACAACCCCUCGUGUCCUUAAUCAUUAAUAAGAUACUUAAUUAGAUCACAAGACAAAAUAUAUAAAAAAGGGUGUGCAAAUUAUAAGCAAACCACAAGCAAAAAAACUAAGAGUUAAAACCAGUUUAUAAAACCACAAAAGCCAACAUAUUAUAUUGCUUUAAAAUUCCAGAUUAGAAUCAAAGGAAAUGGGUCACUCACAAUAUCCAGAGCCACAUUUAGUAGGCUAUGGCUAUAAAGAUGUUGGUUGAUGUACUCCUCAUGCAAUCUGCCCCACUCCUGGUCCACUCCUUCCUCAGUAAUUAGAGUCCUCCACAAUAAUAGAAUUUUAAAAGUAAUUUUCUAGAAAAUAAAGCAUUAAAAAAAAGUGAAAAAGCAAAUUUGUAUAAAGACUGGUAGUCCAAGCACAAUGUGUUUAAACCUUUGUGGUGGUCUUCCUGGUGCAUAUACUCCUUCACUGCCAGGGACUUUCCUUCUUUGAGUAACGAUAAUUAGCUUCUUAAUGGUGACAUUUUCAAUUAUGUCAGAGUAAAAGGUUAUAUCCAAAAUCACUUGAUUUUAAGUAGAUCUCCAAAACGCAUUUUGCUAGAAAAAUUUAUCAAAAAUGUGAAAAUGAAAAGUCGGUGUGCUGGAUUGCUGGCUACCUUUGACUGAUUAAGGGAGAUACAUAAGAACACAUCUUUUCCAUAAUAAGGAAGUGGGUGCAAAACCUAAACAUUAGAAUUAAUACUGAAGAAUGGGUUGAUUUGUUGAAAUCAAUCGAAAAGAAAGUUUACUUCUUAAAUUUAUUAUACCGUUUUAAAUAAAUUCAGUUCAGAUCCCCAUAGAAAAGCAGUUGGGGAAGGUUUAAAUGCGCGCCCGCGGCUCUGGAUUAAGGUAAGUGGCUGAAGGGGUUUUAACCCUUUCAGCCCAGCGAGGGAGAGGGGGAUCUUAUAUCCUAUAGUGCCUGGAAAAUGGGUUUGUUUUCCUGGCACUAUAGUGCUCCUUUAAGCCUGUCUAAUAGCAUAGGAUUUUAAGAGUGUAUUUUUGAUUUUUUUACUGCAGGUUUUUUUUGUUGUUUUGUUUUUAACGGACAUUUUAAUCCCUCUUGGGACUUUUUACAUAGCAGGGUUAAUCAAACCUCUAGUGGCUGUCUUCCUGACAGCUGCUAGAGGAGCAUCUGCGACGCUGGAUACGAAAUUCGCAUCCAGCGUGCAGAGCAUCCAUAGAAAAGCAUUGAGAAAUGCUCUCCUGUAGACAGUUUAAAUGCGCGCACUCUUCCCGCGCAUGCGCAUUCCGUUAAACUCGGGAGCUGACGUUGGCGGAGAAGGAGAGGUCACCAGCGCUGAGGAAACCCGUGCUGGAUUAAGGUAAGCUGCUGAAGGGGUUUUAACCAAGGAUUAUAUAGUGUCAGGAAAACGGGUUUGUUUUCCUGACACUAUAGUGAUCCUUUAAAGUACUAAAUAGCUUCUUAAAUUACACGGUGUCCCAUUAAUCUAAACAAAAACAAACUAUACUUUACAUUUUAAUCUGCAUAGAACACUUUUUUUCUUUUACAUUUAUAACUCUUAACUUUAUUUAUUAAUUUAGCUCUGGAAAGUGGUCUGUGAAGGUGUCUCCUGCUGAAGGGAUCUCAUUACAGUUAGAUCUGAAGAAAAUGGUUCAAAAGAACACUCAGACUGGUUUCCAGAGGCCAAUUCGACUGGCUGUGAAGGAGAACGACCAAUGUGAGUUUUAAAAUGUAUCUUUUGUUUUGAUUCUUUUUUUUUAUUUUUUUUUUUUAAAUAUAUUUGUAUUAAUUUCCCCCCAUCUCAUUUAAAUCUUCUGCAGUCUUUGUAUGGCAGUGGCUGUCUGAUAAAGGGGACUGGGCUGCUUAUGAUGCCAAAACUUGUCUCUCAUUGGAGAUAUCACUUCACUCUGAUACUAAGCUGGUGUCUCUUAGAUUUGGAAGACAAUCCUACACCAUGGAUUUGGGAUGCAUGGUUCAAAAGAACACUCAAACGCAAAAUGAAAGGCAGAUUCAACGUUGCUUAUCUGGUAUGUGUACAACAUUAAAAAGGCAAUUUACAUUUGAAAGUGCUUGUGAAACAUUUCUUAAGCAAUUUACAUAGAGAAAUGCCAAAGCUACCUUGUAUGAUAUUGUUACUUUUGAGCAUAUGCUUUCAACUAUAAUUUUAAAAAUUUCUAAUUGUGUUUGUUCUCUAGUGGCAACAGAUACUACAAUCAGCCAACAGAAUCAGAAUGUCAGUAAUGGGCCCUUAAUCAAGAAGCCCCGCAGAAGCACAGGCAGUGUGAAAAAUGAAGUAGAGGAAAGCAAAGGUAUCUCUGUUGAUGUGUAGUGAACACACACAUCAAGCUACACAUACUGACAAUUUGUAGGGUAAUAAUUAGAACAGCUUCCUAUGAAGAGGCAGCAGUGAAAUACUUUCCUCCAUUUCUUCAUGCACUGGUACAUUCACCUUACUUUAAAUCCUUUGUGGAGCGAUCCAUAUAAUUAUUGUAAUUUUGAUUAUGCACAUAAAGAAUUGACCUAUCAAAGAGCUGGAUCUUUGAUAGGUUUAAUAUUUGUAACAAUUUCAGUAAUAGGAAAUGCAAUGUUUCUGUUUAAACCCUUCUCUACAUGUAUUUAUAGUCAUCUGUUUUUACCUACUGUGAGUGUAUACGUGUCUAGUGUAAUGUUUUUCCUAUUUUUAACACAGAACAGGUCCGGACACUUGUACUUAAGGGUAAAGCUCCUGUAGAUCCAGAAUGCUCCAGCAAACUAGGAAAGGUAAAUUGUGUAUAAACCUUAGUAAUUUUCUGGCUAAACCGUGUGAAAGGAAAAAUGACCUUAACUUGUUGGGGCCUGGGAUGUAUUAACACUGACUGUCUUCAUCCAUCUAAGUUUAUUUACAUUCAAGUUGAUUAAUAAUGAAUCUGUGAAAGAUAUUGGGAAUAGGUAAUAAAGACAACAAAUGUAUUAUUUGUUUGUGUUAAAGGAUCCUUGCAGGCCAUACUGAAGACUUGCUAUCACACGUGCUAAAAACUCAUAAUUUAGUAAUUACCGAAGAAUAGUGGAUAUUAAAAAUAAAUAAUAUUGUCACUAUUCAGGGAAUGAUCUGGCAGAAAGUCAAUACAAUACUCAUUAAUGUAGCAUUGUUAGUUGUAUUUGAUGUUUUAGAAUUGCAUUGAUUUUCAUCAAUAGAGGUUCAAAUUCAAGUAUAUAUAAAAAAAAAAAAGUCUGUUCUCAGUCCUUCAUGACCAGUAAAACCAAUAAACAAUGAACAAAAUGAGCAACCAGUUAGGAAGAGGUGGUCAGGGUCAUCUUGAUAAUAUGUAUGAAAUGCAUGGGAUAGUUAUGAACGGUUUUAAAAAUCAUUUAUUUUCUUGCUCACACAGACCCACAGUUUGUUUUUCUUUAAAACCAGAAUUGAGAACAGUUUAUUGGAUCCCUCUAGUGUUCGAAUUUAGAAUGUGCUUCAGCACCAGCUUGCAUCUUGAACUGUGUACUCCAUCUCAUUUUGGGGAUGAGUCACAUGCAGUGGCAUUUCAAGCCUGAUCUUUGGGUAUAAUUUUGCAGUUAUGUACUACAUAUCUGGCAAAAAAAAAAAGGUUAUUCAAGGGGCCGUAAAAGAUUCAGAGGUGAAGAAUUAACCAGUAAACUAAUAGGCGAUCUGUUUAAUACCAUACCGAGUGGUCCUGAAUUAGAAGCAUCGGAUAUUGAUAGCGAGUUUAAAGGACCACUAUAGUGCCAGGAAAACAUACUUGUUUUCCUGGCACUAUAGUGCACUGAGGGUGCCCACACCCUCAGGGCCGCCCUCCCGCCGGGCUCUAGGGGGUGGAAGGGGUUAAUUUUACCUCUUUCUCCAGCGCCAGGCGGGGGACUCUCCUCCUCCUCGGUUGAACGCGCGCGCAUUCAGCCAGUCUAUGGGAAAGCAUUCUCAAUGCUUUCCUAUGGACGCUGGCGUCUUCUCACUGUGAAAAUCACAGUGAGAAGAUGCCUCUAGCGCCUCUCAAUGAGACAGCCACUAGAGGAUGGAUUAACCCUAUUAUAAACAUAGCAGUUUCUCUGAAACGCUUAUGUUUAUAGAAAAAGGGUUAAACCUAGCUGGACCUGGCACCCAGACCACUUCAUUAAGCUGAAGUGGUCUGGGUGCCUAUAGUGGUCCUUUAAGGAAGUAGGGCUCAAAACGCAGCCUUCUGCUGAUCAUUCUGACAAUGAUGAAAAUGAAUGUGCAUAUGUUGAUCAUAGUGAUGAUCAUAAUGAUGAUUUAAAAAAAAGAAACUGUUUUGUGGGUGCAAGAGGUGCUUUCACAUGAAUAUAAAGGAAUUUUCACAGCAAUCUGGGCCAAAUAUAAAUUUUGAGACAAAAAAUCUUACUGAAAUAUUUAGCUGUUUAUGUGGCAAUGAUCUUAUAGAGAGCAUAGUCUAUCAGGCUAAUCUCAAUGCUACCCAGAAGCUUGGAGAUUCCACAGCUUUCAAGCCAACAUAUAUGGAAGAAAUUAAACCGUUUAUUUUGCCAUCAGUCUUAUGGGAAUAAAGCAAUAUCCAUCAUAUAGGGACUAAUGUUUUUUUCAGACCCGGCUCUCAGAGCAUUAUAUAUUUCUUCAAUUAUGUGUCAAAAUAAAUUUUCGUGGCUGCUUGAUCACCUGCACUUAAAUAACAAUAAUGAACAGCCCAAGGCUGGAGAGAGAGGCUACGACACAUCAAUUGUACAAAGUCCAUCCGUUGUUGAAACAUAUGAGUAGAACAUUUAGUAAAUGCUACAAACCCACAGAGAAGCUAACUAUUGGUGAAUAUAUGAUUAGAUUUAAAGGGCAUUCAUGUGUCAAGCAGUUUCUGCCUAAGAAAUCCAUAAAACGUGGAUACAAAGUUUAGGUUCUCACUAAUGAUAAUGGGUAUGGUUUUGUUUUUUUUAUUUGAAAUUUACAUAGGAAAAACUGGACAAAUUCCAGAGUAGCCAAAACACUAACUUCAGAUCUAACUGGAAAAUACCAUAAAGUGUUCUUUGACACUUAUUUUACAUCAGCACCCCUCAUGCUCGAUCUAAGGCAACAUGAGAUAUAUAUAUAUAUAUAUAUAUAUAUAUAUAUAUAUGUGUAUAUGCUUGUGGCACUGUAAGGAAGAGAAGAGUUGGAAUUCCAGACUUUGAUGAAGAGAAGGGAAUGUCACUUGAAGCGUUCCAGUGCAGUAGUCAAGGCAUUGUUGCAAUGCUUUGUAUGGACCGGAAGGAAAUUUCUUCCUUUCCAACUUCCAUUACGUCACAAACAUAUCUACCACAACACGGGAGAACAAAGAUGGCUCUCAAGUUGAAAUUAAAUGUCCAGCUAUUGUCAAAGAUUACAUUGCGAACAUGGGAUUAGUGGACAAAGCUGAACUGUUGAAAUCAAUCUAUGAGAUUGAUACAGUAAGAAAUGGUGGCAUAGGUUUUUGUUACAUUUGUAAAUGCAUUCAUUAUUCAUAAAACUUGUGAUGGGGGAAACAACUACUCUAAGAGAGUUUCGACUGUCUGAAAUUGCUGGCCUAGUUGGGGCAUCCUCCUCCUCAACACCUAUUCGUAAGAGGCCGCAAACAACAAAGCAGGUUUAAACCCUAUGUAGCUCCAGAGAUACGUACGACAAAGCAGCUCAUAUGCCGGAAAAGGGGCAAUCUCAGAGAUGUGUACACUGCAGCACCCUUAAGGUACCACAUCAGAUCAGAUCAUUCUGCAAAACAUGCAAUGUGGGACUUUGCAUAACAAAAACAAAGAACUGCAUAGAAACUAUGACAUGUAUAUUUUUGCAGUUUUAUCAUAAUGAAACCACCAGAAAUAUGUAACUAUAAUAAAACCGUUUACAUUAGUGUUUUUCAUGUCUUUAUAUAACAGUAAACAUUCUUGUAUCCUUCAUUGGUUUGUGUAAUUUUUGUUUUGGAGUGCUGGUGAUACAAAUAAUAUUUAUUACAGGGCCUUUAUAAUACACUUUUUUUCUGCUUGUCUUCCUGAAAUGUCAGAACUUCCUUGUGUAUUUAUAUUUAAAAUCCAAUAAUGAGAAUUUUGUCUGUAAACUUGUUUGUUUUCCCUUUUCUAGGCACAUGUAUACUGCGAGGGCGAAGAUGUAUAUGAUGUGAUGUUAAACCAGGUGAGAACAUAACUUUGUCCGCUUUUAGUAAUACUAGAGUUACUCAUUCCUCAUUUCCUUUUACAGUAUUAUACACAUUCCCUGUCCACUCAAAUGCUUGUUAAUUUUGUAACUAUGGAUGUCCAUUUUUUUUUUUUUUACAUAGAGCAAAGGUGUGAUUAUGUUAUAGUCACUCAAAGAUACACACAAUAAGUAAUGUACACAAAAUUGGAAUUUGCAUUUAAAAAAAAGAAGAAAAAGGGUAUAACAAAAUAAGAGGCUUCUUUGCAAACCUAGAGUCCUUGUCCAAUAAGAGGAUUUUAUGAGGUUGGUUCUAUCAAGCGCGACAGAGUUCAACAUGAAAAUAAAAGUGCCUUGCCAUUUUUAGAAUUGUCAAACACACAAUCAAAUGAAAAAUGGUAGUGUAAUUUUAUAGUGACUCUUGGGAUUUCUUGGACGUAGUAACUGCAGCUUCAGCCAAUCUACAAAAUUUAUACACAGUGGUGACAGAAGGGAAUACAAGAAUAGUGUUUACUCUCUGUAAACAAACAUUAACACAUGGAUCAAAUCAGCUUACUUCUCCCCUUAACAACGUUAGGACGUUCCAUGACAUCAUAACAAUUCUAAGCUUUGACGCCAUUAGGACAGGAUGGAACAUCCUUAUGUUUUGGUACAAGCAAGAUUAACUCAUGGGAGAUCUCCCUCACAUGCUGCAGUCACUUAGUACAAAGCACACUGCAUUGUGUGAGCUGAGAAAUUCCUCUGUUAAAAUUACUGCUGAAAUCUGCAAAGGGAAUCCCUAUGAGUUGGGGAUAAAUUUAGGGUUAGUGUAUCGGGUAAGGUUUAAUGCUGGGUUAGGGAUAAUUUUGACAGUUAGUUUAGGUGUAUGGUAAGAGUUAGUGUAAGCAUAGGGGUAGGAUUACCAUUAACUACCAAAAAUUAGUUUAGAUCUUAGACAAAUGAGCCAUUUAACAAUCAGGACUGAUAUGUGAAUCUAUUUUGACAUCUUUUUCUUUAAAGGGUUAUUCCAACCCUUUUUAAAUCGAUCUUUUUAUAUUAAUUUUUAAUGCUUUAUGGGACAUUACUAAUAUUUCCCCAGCCCCACCUGGCCCCCAAAAAUCCCUGUUGCAAGUCUUAAAGGGCCACUCUAGGCACCCAGACCACUUCAGCUAAAUGAAGUGGUCUGGGUGCCUGGUCCAGCUAGGGCUAACCCAUUUUUUUUAUAAGAAACUGCUAUGUUUAUAAAUAGGUUAAUCCAGCCUCUAAAGCCUCUAGUGGCUGUCUCAUUGACAGCCGCUAGAGGCGUUUGCGUGCUUCUCACUGUGAAAAUCACAGUGAGAAGACGCAAGCAUCCAUAGGAAAGCAUUAUGAAUGCCUUCUUAUGAGACUGGCUGAAUGCGCACGCAGCUCCUGCAGCGCAUGCGCAUUCAGCCGAAGAGGAGGAGAGGAAGAGGAGAUCUCCCCGCCCGGCGCUGGAGAAAGGUAAGAUUUUAACCCCUGCCUCUCCCCAGAGCCCAGCAGGAGGGGGUCCCUGAGGGUGGGGGCACCCUCAGAGCACUAUAGUGCCAGGAAAACAAGUAUGUUUUCUGGCACUAGAGUGGUCCUUUAAAACCUACUUGUAAUCCAUGCCCGGUCCUUACAUCAGUUCUGCAAUCACAGGCUGAUGUCCCCGUUAAAUGCGUAGUAAUUCACAGACGGAGGAUACCGCACUCACACUAAGGAAUCCAGGUACUUAUCAAGGUCAGGGUUGGUAAAAUCCAGUUUAGUAGAUAAUAUAAAUUAGGUCCAGGCACUCCAGAUUGCUGCAGGGUUUAUUGUAACAAAAACUACAAAGUUUCGGCCUACACAGAGACCUUAAUCAAGCUUGAUAAAUGGAAAAUUCUCAUAUACGUGUCUACAUGCCUGCAAACCCUAACAAAUGGAGGUUUGUGAUAUGGGCAAAUAUGCUUUAUUGAUGAUUUUGACAUAUUACAGAAAAUACACGUGCAGAAAAUACAGAAAAAGAGAAAUCUGAUUUUGCUGUUGAUCCAAUAAAUGCAGUUUUUUAUCGCUUCCAUUUUACAACAAAUUAGAAAAAUUAAUUUCUUCUUGACCUCAGAAUGGCAGUCAGAUCUUUCUUUGAUCAAGAAGCUGUCACUCAAUAAUUUGUUAUAUCCCUGAAUAAUGUGUUCUUGCAAGUAUUCAUCUGAUUGCUGUUUAAACAUCUGUAUAAACUCUGAUAAAACCACCUCUUCAGGCAGAUAAUUCCACAUACCUAUUGUUCUGACUGUAAAAAGCACUUCUUUUUGCCUUCGGCUAAAUCUCCUUUCGUCCAGUCUAAAUGUGUGACCUCAUGUACUUUGUAUAGUCCUGCUUAUGAAUAGACAAUGGUUUGUAUGGUAUCUCCAUUUUUCCUCUCCCAGCAACUUCCAGGCCUCACUUCACUCACCCAGAACCAACAGUACUGAGUCUCUCAAUGUUUUCCUCAGCACCAUUCAUUCACCAUUAAUGACUUUAUUUUUAAAUCAAUUGGGGUGAACGUGCCCUCGCCACGAGCUCCUGGAGGAGCCCGCUUGCUAGCCUCCUGCCUCAGGACUAUGGGCCAUGCAGAAACGCUAUUGAAAGACUGAGUUUGUGGAAUUCCCUUGGACUGUUCAGGAACCAAACCAACCCACGAACUGCGGACCACCUCUGAGCUUAUUGACCCUUGUUAACCUUUCCUGACAGUUCUAUCAGUGUAGGUUCUAAUUGUGCGGGUGGGUGGGUGGCUGCCGUUCAUAUGCACGAACACAUGGGAACUGUGUGGUGGCCAUCUUGUUCGCAGGAAUGCAGGCAGCAGUGUUUGGACGUCAGAUUGCUUGGAACUAAAAUCGGACACUGAAACUCCCGAACACCGCUGAACUUGGACGAACACCUUCCCGCACACGUCAGGAGAGCACCAUUCGGUAGGUUUGUUUGUAUAGUUCAUAUGAACAAAUGCUACCAAGAAGCCAGAGUGUGCAUUCGGUAUGUCUUUCACAUUGAACACCCGAAGUUGACCGACCAAAAGCACAAAACGCCAUGGAACUGUUUUGGGCAUAGGAUCAUGUGUGUGGCCGGUCAAAACUUCCACACUGUGGCGUUUCGGCUCUGUUCGUGGGAUCUGAGUGAUUUUCAGAUAUAUUGGGCGCUCAAAUCCAGGCUAUCUGGAUAUGUAUAGACAGUGGGGGUUCCUAUGUGGGAAAUAUGUGUUAUUAUUGUUAAUCGAUGGGAUUGUGAAAAUAUUAGGUGUAGCUUUAUAUAUUUGUGUUUAUAUAAUUUUUAUUUCUUUCUAUUUUAUUAAAUAUUUCUUCUGUAUGUAUGAUUGGUGAUGCCCAUUGUGGAGACUGUCUGCUAUGUUAAAAGGUUUACUAUCCUUUAUUCAUUAUGUAUCUCGUUAUUCUGUAAUGUAAUUGAAGUUACAGAUUAUCGCGCAUUGGGGGGUCACCGACAUCUUUGGUAUUACGUUAGUUCGCUAGCUUUCAGAUUAUCUUCUGGACGUGUGCGGAUUGAUGUUGCGGCGGGUGCAUGGUCUUGCGCAUGAGCAUUUGGUCCGCUGAAUGCGCAUGUCUGUGUUUUUUUUAAUUUUUAUAGAGAUUGAGAUGUCAUUGAGCGGACGUUUUCUCAUGCAUUGAACGUCAUGACGCUGACGUUACGCACAUAGCGGAAAAUUAGUCCUUUGGUAAUUUUCUGGAUCUCUUCAGUUUUCAAAUUAUUCUCAAUCUAUUUAUUUAAUUUAUUUAUCCAAUUAUUAACUUAUUGGUUUUGUAAGUUGUGGGACAGCUGACAGCCUCUAUGUUUGAGUAAGUUACAUUUGAGUAUAUAUACUUAGAUUUCUUUGACCAUGUUCAUUAUGUUAAUCACUUGUAUUCCUAUAAAUUGGUAUAUGUAUAUGCAUUUAAAUUCUUGACAAAAACCGUUCAGGUCGAAACGUUGUGAUUGGCGGUGGGUUUAUUAAAUUGCCCUCGUUGAAUCCUUGAGUGCCUGGACUUUCUUUUUUGGCUUCAUACAGUAUUCGCUAAUAGUCGGGCAAGUCCACCAUAUGUGCCGAGGUGUGCCAUCGAGAUGUGAGCAUCUUCAUCAUGAUGCAGAGGUGUUGGAGAAUAUUUUAUGUAUCUUUGGUGUGAGGUGCCACCUGGAGAUUCUUUUAAAGUUUCCUUCCUCGGUAUAUGUACUGAUGCAGGUCUUGUGAAUGUUGAGGAAUAUUUGUUUCCAGUCAUUUUGUGUCAGUGUAAGGCUCAUUUUCCCAUGAGUUAGUGUGCUUGGGAAGGGAGGGAAAGACUUCCUGCAAAAGUAUUUUGUACAUGAGCGAUUGAUGUUUUGUUUUUAUGUUGUUAAGGCACAGUGGUUUUCGAAUACCGUUAAUUGUCUAUUUCCUGCGUGGAUAUCACGAUUGGUCGAGAUAAAGUCAGUAAGCUGAGAGUGUCUUAAUCGUUGUAGUGUUGACGGUGCUGUGUCUGUCUCCAGGUCGCUGAUGCCCUGACCUCUUAAUAUUGCAUGUAGUGGAAGGUAGUGAGAGGAAUGGUAGGAUGCAAAGGAUGAUGGGUUAAGGCCUGGUGUGAAUUGUGUGUCAUGUGUAAGUGUGUAUAGGGGUGAGGGGUCCAGGGAUUUAAUUUGCAUACCUCUAAUUCGUGCCCAAGUCUUUAGGGGUCGGUGUUAUUGUAGGAUGUGUGGAGUGUGAAGGUUUAAGGGAUAGUUUCCCAACUGAUUGUCAUGGAGUAGUAAACAGUGGGUGCGAGAAUGCGGCUUUCUCGAGGAGGACCCAGUGUUUGCAGUUGUUGGGGAUUGACCAUUCGUAUAUUCUAGUGAGCAUAACUGCUUUAUGGUAAAAUUCGAUGUCUGCUAAUCCUAGUCCCCCUUGAUGUUUGUGGGUCGUUAGGGUUUUGAACGGGAGUCUUGGGUGGUUGUGUGACCAGAAGUAGCGUGUAUAUGUUUCUUGAUUUCUACGAAGAAUCAUGUGGGGAUAGUUUGAAGUAGGUAUAGGAUUUUAGGUAGCACCGUCAUCUUUAUUAUGUUUAUUUGGCAUAACCAGCCAAAUUGUGGUUUAUGCCAUUUGGUUAGGUCUUGAGAGAUCGCGUGUAAGAGAGGCAAGAAGUUUAGUUCAUAGAGUUUGGUAAUCUGUGUAGGUAAGUGUAUGCCAAGGUAUUUGACAGUCUUGGGUGCCCAUAUGAAGGGGAAAGUGCUUUGUAGGGUUUUCUUGGUGGAUUCAGUAAUCAUCAACGGGAGGAUUUCACUUUUAGUAAAGUUAACCUUAAAGUUAGAAACUUGGUGGUAUAGGGAUAUUUGCUCUAGGAUUUUUGGCAUGGAUGUAAGCGGUUGUGUGAGUGUAAAUAGAAGAUCGGGAGAAAAUGCUGCCACCUUGUACUCUUUGCCUUGCACCGUAAUACCUUGAAUAUCGGGGUUGUCUCUGAUGCCCUGGAGGAACGGAGCCAUGAUCAGGAUGAAUAGUAGUGGUGACAGUGGGCACCCCUGUCCCGUGCCAUUCGUGAUUGGGAGGGUUUCAUAUAAUUGGCCAUUGAUUCUGAUCCGCGCUCUCGGUUGGGAGUAUAUGGAUUGUAUCCAGGUUGUGCCAGAGCCCCAUGGCUUUGAGGGUCGUGAAUAAUAGGGAACCAGUCCACCCUGUCAAAUACUUUUUCUGCAUCAAUUGAUAACAGUAGACUCUGGUCGUUUGAUUGUUGUGCCAUGUACAUAAGGUUCAAUAAUAUGGUGGUGUUAUUUUUGGCCUGUCGUCCAGACACGACGCCCGUCUGAUCAGGGUGGACUAGUCCCUGUAGGAGGGGCAUAGUCUGGUGUGAUAGAAUUUAUCUUCUAACCCACCUCUGUAAUUUGCCAUAAAUUCAUUCCAUAUAUGUGGGUCUAGAGUGCUUUCUGAGGGCAUGCCAGCUUUCUUAAGUAACUUCUUAACAUUCUUAAUUGCUCCUUGUCCUUUGUGAUGCUUGACAAUAGUCAAAGCCGUAAAUCCUCCUUGGGUACUUUCAGAGCUACCCAUCUUAAAACUUGUAAGGGUUAAUUACUUCCUUACACAAGACAAACUGUACAAAAACAGUGUAUUUACACUUAGGACCACUGCAGUGGAAUUUUCACAGUUUUGACUUCUAAACACAGAUCAGGAGAUCUGCCCUUGGAGGAUUCUAACUCAAAUUAUAAAACAAAUGACAACGCAAACAAUAAAAAUAACUUUCAACCCACAGUUAUAUUCCACUAUCUCAAGAUUCAUUUCACAAGACAACACAACCUCCACCUGAAUAUAACCAUAAUACCACAGAAAACAAGUUCUUUAGAUCAGACGUUAAGUCGUUCUUUACCCAGACAGACUAGUAGGACGUGGAUCUGAGAGCGAAAUUGAUAAAGGUAGAAAAAAAGUUUUUCUUACCUUCCUGUACUGCUGAUUUCACUGUCAAAGGGACGUCCACCUGUACGCUAGUGUCCGAGUCUCUCGACCGUCAGAUCCCGGGGUCACGGCACCAAAUUGUUGUGAAUCAGAAAUGUUGAUCUUUGUUAUAUUCAGAGAAAGCCCAAAUUGUUGUUAUAAGUGCACUUGGAGAAUCGAGAAUUAGACACCAGACACCUGUUGGUAUUCAAAAUAAGCACUUACUUUUUAAUGUAUAAAACCCAGCUGAUGAAUAAAACGUCAGAGGCUUAUUUUGAAUACCAACAGAUGUCUGGUGUCUAAUUCUCACUUCUCCAAGUGCACUUGUAACAACAAUUUGGGCAUCCUCUGAAAAUAACAAAGAUCAACAUUUCUGAUCCACAACAAUUAUCUUGGCAAAGAAUUUAAGGUCGUUAUUAAUAAGUGAAAUGGGACGGUAGCUACCGCAUAGGGUUGCAUCCUUGCUUGGUUUAGAGAUCAGGGUGAUGUGGGCUUCUAGGGCUGCUUCUUUUAGUUUCUGGGAUGCGAUGAGUGAGUUAAAUGCAUCUAUAAAUGGGGUCGAGAGUAAUUUCAAAAAAGUUUUGUAAUAUUUGGCUGUGAAACCAUCUGGACCAGGGUUUUUGCCUAGCAGAGAGGUUUUUACUGCAGAUAGAAAUUCCUUUAUCUGUAUUGGUGCAUCCAUGUGUUGCAUAAGGUUUUUGGGUAUUGUUUAUGAAAAUAAGUAAAAUACAGUAAUGGAAUAAAAGAAUAAUGCAAUGUUGCUAUAAUCACCAAUAACAACGUUAUGACGUCUGAAAUGGAAAAAUCAAUCAAUAAAUUGAUUAUUUCUUUGUGUAUCUGCCCCUGGCCAAAUUAAUGAAACAAUGCGUGCACUCUCCCUGAAGUAAUUCACACCAGACACAGGUUCCAGGUUGUUGAAUAACUUGAGGAAUGUUUAUUCAGAGGGGACGGCAGGUCCCUUUUAAAGCAAAAUUACAUCAUAAGCAUUGUCAGAGAUAACAUGGAAUAAUACAUCAAUAAUUGGUUAAGUGUUAAGUGGUCUUCUUAAUGCUCUGCCUACUAAGGGUGAUGUCACUAGAACCAUGAGGGUCUCCCACGGAUUCCAGCGCCAUCUUGUUACACGAGGUAGUUAGUCGGUGUUAUAGGGAGGGAGGGGUUAGAAGCUUCUAGCAGCCAUUUUGUCUAAGCAUGCGUGUAUAGCUUAUAUACUGACUUUAGUGAGAUGAGUAAAUAGACAUUUUACUAACUAGAAAAUAUAUCAAUACCUUAUUUCCACAACAACGUCAGACUUAACGACAUUACGUUGAGUGCCGGAAUAUGAAAGACGAAAAUGACGUCAUGCGACCUUACGAACCCGGAAGUGAAAUUAAAAUACAAGUGGUAAAGACCGAACCCGGAUAUAAAAAGAAGACUUGAACAAACCGGGACUAUGCACUUGAUAAAGACUCAUUCUAGAGUAGAAACACGUUGUGCUAUUUAUUUUGUUUUAUUCAUAUUGAUUUUAUUUGCUGUUAUAUUUUCUGCACUGUGUGCCCAAAUAAAGAGCUUUGCACUUACUAAAGUUUGGAAGCUACGUUCUUGGGGGAGAGCAGAUCCAGUGAGCAGCAAUCUGGAGGUUCCAUAUAUUGAAGAGCCUGUAAAGUCUGAGCCUGGUAGUAAUAGGCUCAGCAACAUGUGAGUUUGAUCAAUUGGUACUUUUAAAUGCUGUAUCCUGCAACACAUUACGCUAUGAUUUGUACUGGAUGUUUUAUUACAGAUUUUUAACCGCUAUUAUUUACCAUUCAAGAUCCUACAGUGCUAGUAUUUUACCAUUUUUUUGUGUUUGCGCUCUCACCUAACUUUAUUACUAUUUUUUGGUUAUUGUUUGUUUUUGUUUGCGGGGGGGCUAGAUAUUCUAUUUCCGCAUGUGUUGGUAGAGUUGUGCGUAUGUUGUAGAGCUCAGAAUAAAACUCUUGGAAUGCCUUGAGAAUGUCCAGGAGUUUAUGGGACAUUUCCUCUGUGUGUGUUUUUAUUUUGGAUAUAAAUGUGGACUGACGUACUUCUUUAAGUGCGUUUGCCAAUAGGCGUCCACAUUUGCCUCCUUUAGAGUAAUAUGAGUGUUUAUUAAAUAGCAUUUGACGUUUUACUUGGGUAUUAAGGAGUUGCUGUAAAUCAGAUCUCUUUUUAGUCAGUUGUUUGUAUAAGUCUAAUGCGUUACUGCAUUUGUGUGUAUUUUCUAGUGUUCUUAUUUCCAUUAUGAGUGAAUUUGCUUGUUCCAUAUGGUGUUUCUUGAGCUUUGAGGCCAGUGCUUGAGUUGUCCUCGGAUCACACAUUUAUGGGCUUCCCAUAUUAGUGUGGGUUAUGGUAGGGGGUGUUGCGUUUACAUCAAAAUAUUAGUUGAUCGCCGUAUGAAUGGAUUUAAUAGCUUUAUCUUUGUUUAGUAGUAGAUCGUUUAGCUUCCAUUGGAAGGAGUGGGAUGGUAGGUUAUGGAUUUGUAUGGUAAGAGACAGGGGCGAAUGAUCUGACCAUGUGAUUGGUCCGUAUUCGCAUGAUCAAAUGAGAUGGAGGUGUUUGUGUUGGAUAAAGAUCAUAUCUACCCUGGAGUAUGAUUUUGUUGUGUGUGAAUAAAGAGAGUAGUCACAGUCCUGGGGGUGUGUGGUUUUCCAUAUAUCUAGAAGUGAAUGAUUCUCCUUCUGGCAGUGGAUUGGUAUCUGGGGGCUGUGGAAGUUGUGUCUAUGUGCAUGUCUAAGGAUAUGUUGAAGUCACCCCCAUAAGGAGGAUACCUUCCGUGAAGUUCUUCACUAUGCAUAGGUAUUUUUUAGUGUUUUACCUUGUAUUCUAUUGGGCAUAUAGACGUCGAUCAAUGUGAUCAUGUUUUGUCCCACCUGUCCUUUGACCAUUAUCAAUCGGCCAGAAUCAUUGGAUUUGUGUGCUUUGUACACAAAUGGGACCAUAGCCCCAAUCAAUAUGGCCACCCCCCCGUGCCUUGGAGUUGGUGUAGUUGCUGAAGUAUCCAGUAGGGUAGUGUUUGUUUCAAAGUGUGAGUGGCGCAUCUGCUUUGAAGUGAGUUUCUUAAAGGAACGCAAUAUCUGCUUUUAAAGUGUGCAGUUCAAGCAAUACUUUUUAGUGCAGGGUAUGAGCAAUCGGUCUGUGCAACCAGACCAAAGGGUAAUGCAAAACGUUAACUAUGUACUAUAUCAGAGCAAAAAAAACAAGCCAAAAAAAAUCACAAUCUAAGCUUAAUUUAACGAUGCAAUAAUAUCACUGACACAUUUAACAUGCUUUUCUUAUGUGUCCCAAGACAUAAUAACCGGGCAUUCGUUCGGAUGUUUGAACUGUUCUGGGGGGUAAUGAGAGUUCAAUUUGGCCUGUCAGUAGUUGUACCGGUAACAGGGCUUUCUGAAUCAGUCUCUUGUGGGAGAGAGUCCGUGAUUAAGUGAGUAGGUCAGAGAUUUAUAUGUGCACCUGUGUUGUUGCAGUUUGUAGGUGCUACUGUCCUGAAGGUGGUAGUGGGGAGGUCAUGCCAAGGAGUGUUUGUUCAUCAGUCUUGUAGGCAAUGUAUGCUCCUUGUGUAGGAGCGUUGUUGAUAUUACAGUCCAGGUGAGAUAAGGAGGAUUGUCUAUGACCAGUGGGGUCGUGGGAUUUGUGUAUGGUUGGACCUCUCGGCGUGUUCAGGGCUUGCUAGGCUUCCGAGGGGUCCUUCCUCCUCUUCUUUGCCGGGGUCUGCCCUCUCUGCCUUUGUUGGAAUUGUAGAGGCAGUUCGGCCUGAUGUAGGCCGUACCAGUUGGAAACUUGCACAUCUGGAAGGUCCGAAGCUUGCGUGAAUAUCCGGGUGUCCAGUACAGAGGGGGGAAAACAAUGGCAUUUUUACAUGCAUGUUGCAUUUUUGCUGAGUAUUUCUUACACUUGAUAUGUACCACUAUUAUAAAAAAAAAAAAAAAAAAAUUAUGCUCAGUUACAUCUUCUGAGUAAAAAUACAGUAAAUAUGCCCAAUGUAUGACCUAGACAUUCUUUUGUGAAGUUACAGUGCUGUAAUAGAGACGUGACAAGUUCAGGUUUUUAAGUGUGAAUUUUCAUGGACGGUUUUGAUGUGUACGUGUCCCACUUUGGAGCACUUGAGCAGGCUACAUAUUCCAACUACACCAUAAAGGCAUUCCAUUUCUUAAAGACAUCCCAGGGUAUUUCAAAAAACAUAUUUUUUCUAGCGUGGGAUACUUUUUCCUCUAGCUUGUACCAAGUAUAGUGGUGCCUUUUUGACACACAGAGUGAGUUUGCACAGUAUAUUUUGCAAACUUUGUGUGCUACGACUGUAUAAUACUUCAUAAGUUGCUCAGCUAUGUCGGUUGAGUACAGCAAUACCCCCGUAUGUAUCUUUGCCAGGUAUAUGUGGACAUUGAAUGGGGCACAUUUGAGACACAGCCAUUACAGGUUUUUUUUUAAACUUUGAAUUUUUACGCUGUGUCGAUGUCCCAUUUUAGAGUAUUUUAGCAGGCUAUAUAAUCCAACUACACCAUAAAGGCAUACCAUUUCUUAAAGACAUCCCAGGGUAUUUCAAAAGGCAUAUUUUGAACUUUAGCGUGGGAUAAUUUUUCCGCUAGCUUGUACCAAGUGUAGUGGUAAUAAGCAUUACCCCCGUAUGUAUCUUUGUCAGGUAUAUGUGGAUGUUGAAGGGGCCAAUUUGAGACGCAGCCAUUCAGUUUUUUUCUAACUUUAAAGUUUUACGCUGUGUCCAUAUUCCAUUUUGGAGUAGAUUAGCUGGCUGGUUAUUCAAACUUCCCCACGAACACAUUAUUUAUUAAAGAAUACACCACGGUAUAAUUCAAAAAGCAUAUUUUGAAACUCAGCAUGGGAUCAUUUUUUCGCUAGUAUGUUCCAAGUGUAGUGCUAAUGAGCAUUUUUUUAAUGUAUUUUUUAAAUGUUUUAAACUUUCUUAACUUUUUUACACUUUUAAAAAAUUUUAUAAACUUUUUUUUUUUUACCGUUAACCCCUAACUAGCAGUAAGCAGCACUAACAGUAAAUUCCCCACUUUCCCAUAACUCCCAACCACCCCAGCUAGCAAAAUAUAUCAUUUAAAAAUAUUUAAAUUAAUUAAUGAAAUAAUGAAACCUCUGAGGGUUAAAAAUAUUAAAUAAAAGUUAAUCCUCAGGGGUUAAAAAAAAAAUUCGAUCACAGUAUAAUACUGUGAAAAAUAUUAAAUAAAAGUUAACCCUGAGGGUUAAAGAAAAAAAAGUAUCCUCAAAGUAAAAAAAAAAUCAGAUGAGCGUAAAAUGAAGCCCCUGCCAAUUUAUCACUGUAGUCAGUGAUCAUUUGGCAGGUAAGGGGUUAAUUUUAUUAAAGCAGGGGAUGGGAUUUAACUUAUUUUUUUUUAUUUUUUUACACAAGAUGAAGAGGAUCACUGCUGUUCUGUCUCCCUGCACUUCACUGACCGCGGAAGAGCAGGGAGGCGGAUCGUGAGUCCCUGCAGCACAUGUGCUUGCUCUGACAGCCUGAUCGGGUGCUCCCGGUCUGCCUCUAAUACAGAGGCAGACCGGGUGAGCGUUAACCGCGCGAUCUGGGGUUAACUUUUGUAAUUGACGGAAAUUUUCCAUCAAGGGUCUUUAACGCAAGGACAAGCUUGUGAUCUGGGAAAUUCCUCUGUUGAGGUCUGCAUUAAAUCCAUAGUCAGCAGAGGGAAAUCCUCUGAGUUAGGGGUAGGGUUGGUGUAUAGUAUCUCAUAGUUAAAAAAGCAAACUGUUCCUUACCUUCCCUCCCCCCUCUGGGCCCGCGGUGCCUCUGUGCAAACCUCUGGGCACAGCGCCGUACUUUGGGACGGUCCUUCAGGCUAGCGAUCAGAGAAGCAGCGGCAUGGAUUGGCACCGCCUGUGUGGGUAUCCGCCUACAACCCCCAGAGCGGCCAACCGACGACACAGAUGCCAAAGAUCAGCAAGGCGGAAACCAGCGCCAUGUUCCUCGGGAGCAAGCACAUGCUCCCACACACACACCAGACCGGGACCACCUAGCAUGCCCGACCAACAUACCAUACAGAGGCACCAGAGACCCCUGCCCAGCGUACUACAACACUGCACCUAAGGGCUCAAGCUGGAAGCCGUGAAGCUAGACAUGCAAUCACGACGGGACCGAACCGAGGGGCUCCAGAAGAGAGCAGGGGAGUUUUUCCAAUGGGGGCUGCAACGGGGCCCAGCCCGCGGAGACUCUCGCACACCAAGGAGGUCAGGCGCCAAGACAAGGGAUAGGGUGAAAUCCCACUGAGGUACCACCUGUGCAUUUCAGUUACCACCAUGCCUUUACUCCGCCGACUGAUUUGCACCAACCCUAGCAUGGACUGUUCGCGCCACAUUACCUACUCGGAUGACUACCCUUACAACCCUGAAACUGAACCGCGGAGCAUAUUGCGAUCUUUACCAUCACUUUUACGCAUUAUUCUCUGGGCUGGACUUGGACUAUAACCCCCAUAACUACCAUCUGGGGACCAAUACACAUGGAAAUUGCUUAUUCCUAAGUUCCCCACAGGGGCAUCUCCUGCAGAAAUAACUCAUGGUUAUAUAUGUCUCUAACUGUAUAUAUAUUUUCCUAGCCUAGUAACCAUUGGCACUCUAACUGCCUCCCUACCUAGCCUGUUUACCUAACACUAAAUGACCUUGAGCCCUAGUGCAGAUCAUAUGUUGUUUUAUGCAGUUUUGUCAUAGCUAAACUAGCUGUUGGGGCAUUGUAAGCCUGAUGUGUUCUAUCCUUGCACAAAGAAAAUAAAGAAUAAAAAAAAACUGUUGUAUAGUAUAUUUUACACUUGGGUAGAUUAUUGAUGCAUUACAUGCAGUGAAGUCUGGGUAAAUACAUUGUCCAAACUGACAGCCUUGCUAAAGUAGCCGAAAUGCAGGUUUUUAAAAAGAUCUUUUACAAAUUUAAGGGUGAAGUCUUCGCCAAUUUUGAAAAACUUGCACUAAGAUUACUUGUUUUUUUUGUUAGUAAUGUUUUAAAAUGCCAUUUUACUAUAUUUGGAAAUCCAAAUUCAAAGGUUCCUACCAAAAUAUUUAAUAAAAUGUGUGUAUCACAUAUGUGGUACUAUUAUUAUUUGUACUUAUAUUACAAUAUAAUAAAAGGGGAAAAUGUAAAAUAAAUAAAUAAAUAAAUUAGAUAAUUACAAAAUGUUACAGGAUCAAUAGGUUAAUGAGGACUUUGCUCAAAUAAGCUUACAGUCUAGAGGAGGUAUAUAAGAUAAACUUUGUACAUUUCUGUCAUAAUUGUAUUGUAUUUUAUUAUAAUUUUUUUUUAAUUCAGUCCCCUGUAUUAUUAUAAUCUGUCACAUACAUUGCAUUUAGUCACUCCAUAAUCGGUUUAUGAGUACUUUUCAGUAGAACAAUGCAUUUAUUUUCAUAAACUGUAUAUCUUGUUGAAUAAUUCAGAAAAUUGACUACAUGUGAUUUUGGCGGCCAUGAUUAUGGAUGGCAAUUUCAAUUGCCUACAGCCUAGCCUUCUUACAAUUCUCAGAACCACUGUUUACUCGAAAUUUCUGCAUUACUUAUGUUUGUAACCUAUUAAGUUGUUUACAUUUAAAGGAUCACUAUAGGGUCAGGAACACAAACAUGUUGCCCCCCCAUCUUGCCCCCCUGGACCCCUCAUGCCUCCAUAAAUAUAGCAAAAUCUUACUGUGUUCAAGCCAGAAGCUGUAACUCUGCAUGCUGUUUGCCUCAAAAAAAAAAAAGACGUCUGCUGACAUCAUCAGAAGUGGUAGCCUGAUCCAGUCACAAUGCUUCCCCAUAGGAUUGGCUGAGACUGACAAAGAGGCAGAUCAGGGGCAGAGCCAGCAUGAUUCAAACACAGCCCUGGCCAAUCAGCAUCUCCUCAUAGAGAUGAAUUCAAUCAAUGAAUCUCUAUGAGGAAAGUUCAGUGUCUGCAUGCAGAGGGAGGAGAGACUGAAUGUUUUGAUGCACUUUAGGCAGCCAUGACCCAGGAAGGAUCUCAAACAGCCAUCUAAGGAGUGGCCAGUGAAGUUAUCAUUAGGCUGUCAUGUAAAUGUUACAGUUAAAGUGCAGAAAUCAGUUAAUGUGCACAUUACCUGCAGAUUAACUAGGGCGAUCAGUUAAAGUGCAGAAAAUUAUUUUGUUUCUCAGAUAUUUCUCACAUUACCUAGGUAAUCUGCACAUUACCUACUAGGCACUCGUUAAAGUGCAAAAAAAAUAAUUCUGUCCUCCAUCUCUGAGGGGCUCAUGGCUCUGGAGGACACCAUGGUGUGCACAGGCUGCUGUUGUGUUCUUGUCUGGACCACGUAGUCGCAUACCUCUUAAAACAGUUAUCCCAAACUGGUAAGAAACGAGGAGCCCCCACCACCACAAGAGAGCGAGCGCUUCCUGCACAUUAUGCAGCAACAACCUGAAAUGAUCCCAGAAUAUACUCUCCACUGUUCUCAAUAUCAUCAUAUAUUUAAGGACUGUCUAAAUCAGUGGUCCAUGAGCAGACCUCUCCAUGGUCUCAUUCUCCUCAAUGAGAGAAGUAUUUCUCGGACUUACGGAGCAGCAUUGUUAGUAGCCAGCCCCCUCUGAGAAGCAACAAGCCAUGCGUCUUUGCUUUGAGAAUUUGGUGGAGGGCAUUGAAAGGAACAUGCUCACAAAAAAGAAUCGAGACAGGUUCACACAGAAUCUUUCUGCCUUCAGACGAGAAGUGAACGACUCUGCAGAGACUGCACUGAAAGGUAGAAACAGGUUCUGCGAGGACGUUUUUGUAAUAAAUAAUUUCCUCUUUACGGAGGGAAAGAAACGAACAUUUUGCACUUUAACUAUACAGAAGCAGUUAAUGUGCACAUUACCCUGGUAAAGUGCGGAAAACUCUUGAUUCCGCACUUCGGAGCAAAUCAGUUAAUCUGCAGAUUAACUAGGUAAUGUGCACAUUAACCCCUUAAGGGCAGAGCUUCAAAAGCUUGUCUUUCACUUAAUGACAACAGCAUUUUUUUUCAUUUUUUGCUGUUUACGUUAAACUGCAAUUUGCAUUUUACUAAUUUGUUGCACCAACACAUAUUAUACAUCGUUUUUAAAGGACAGAAAGGGCUUUAAUUUGAUGUAACACACAUAUAUAUAUAAAUGCUUAUUUAUUAUAAAAAAAUAUAGAAAAAUGUAAAAAAAAAUGAACAUUUUGGUUUUUUUUUUUUACAGUUUUUGCAAUAAUAAUGUGUGCAUAAUUAGUACAGGUUAAGAAAAGUAAUUAAAAAUAAAUUAAUUUAGUUGUUUUGAUUUACAGAAUAUAUAAUGUGUCUGGGAUUUAAAGUUUUUUUUGGUAAUUACAGGUCACAAAGCACAAGGAGUAAAAUAGACUUUUAAUGUGGAGCGAUUUUAGAAUUUGGUAUGUUUGUUUUGUAAGCUUAAUAGCCAUAAAAGAAAACAAAAUUGCCACACAAAAAUAUAUAUUUAUAUAAAGUAGACAUCACGGGCUAUUUAACUAGGGUUGUUUUGACACUUUCUACGUAGCCAUUUCACCGCCAACCUCUGCUAAAUAUUGGAGUUAAAUUGUGGGGGGGGGGGUUGUUUUUUGGCACACAAACUUAUAACCAAGAAAUUCUCAUGUAUAUUUUGUAAAGUUGGUGUGUGCUAUUCCUGUACAAAGUUUUAUUUUGUGUUCAGUUACAUCUGCUGAGUAAAAUGACACACCCAUUGUAUGUCUUUGGCACUAUUUCGUGAAGUUACAGUGCCAUACAGGAGACCUAUCCUUUUCAGUAUUCACAGUAGAAUUUUGAGAGAUGGAUUUGAUGAACCUUAGCUUCCAUUUGGGGUAUUAUAACAGUUUGACUGUUCAAAAAACCCCCACAAAGGCCUACCACUUGUAAAAGUAGACACUCCAGGGUAUCUCAUAAGGUGCAUAUUGUGCCUUAACAUGCCCCUAUUUUUUCACCAUUAUAUGCCAAAGUAUGUGGUAAAAAAUAAUUUUGUGCAUUUUUUACAUAUGGAUUGCAUUUUUGCUGGGCGUUUUGUAUAUUUCAUAUGUGCCACUAAGUUCAAACCUCCCAAAUUAUGCUCAGCUAAGUCUUCUGAGUAAAAUGACACCCCCAAUGAAUGUCUUUGGCACUAUUUCGUGAAGCUACAGUGCCAUAUAGGAGACCAAGCCAUAUCCGUUUUUACCAAACUUUGAAUUUUGACGCUGGGCCUAUGUGCAAUUUCCAAGCAUCUUCGCAGGUUUUAAAUUCAAACUACCCCACAAAGGCCUACCAUUUCUUAAAGUAGACACCCCAGGGUGUUUCAAAAGGUAUAUUUUGAACCUUAGCGUAGGAUCAUUUUUCCGCUAGCUUGUACCAGAUGUAGUGGUAAUAAGCGUUUUUUCUGCCUUUUUGACAUACAAAGUGAGUUUGCACAGUAUAUUUUGCAAACCUGUGUGCUACGACUGUAUAAUACUUCAUAUGUUGCUCAGCUAUGUCGGCUGAGUACAGCAAUACCCCCGUAUGUACCUUUGCCAGGUAUGUGUGGACAUCAGAGGGGCACAUUUGGGACCCAUUCCGUUUUUAUUUUUUUCAAACUUUGAAUUUUUAUGCUGUGCCUAUGUCCCAUUUUAGAGUAUUUUACCAGGCUAUAUAAUCCAAAUACCCCAUAAAGCCAUACCAUUUCUUAAAGAAGACAUCCCAGGGUAUUUCAAAAGGCGUAUUUUGAACCUUAGCGUGGGAUCAUUUUUCCGCUAGCUUGUACCAAGUGUAGUGGUAAUAAGCAUGUUUUCUGCCUUUUUGACAUACAAAGUGAGUUUGCGCAGCAUAUUUUGCAAACCUUAUGUGUGCUAUGAUUGUAUAAUACUUCAUAUGUUGCUCAGCUUUGUCGGCUGAGUACAGCAAUACCCCCGUAUGUACCUUUGCCAGGUAUAUGUGGAUGUUGAAGGGGCGCAUUUGAGACGCAGCCAUUCAGUUUUUUUUCUACCUUUGAAGUUUUACACUGUGUCCAUGUUCCAAUUUGGAGUAGUUUAGACGGUUGGUUAUUGAAACUUCCCCACAAACACAUACUAUUUAUUAAAGAAUACACCCUGGGGUAAUUCAAAAGGCAUAUUUUGAACCUUGGCGUGGGGUAUUUUUUUCUCUAGUUUGUUCCAGGUGUAGUGGUAAUGAGCGUUUUUAAAAUGUAUUUUUUAACUUUUUUUUUUUUUUAACUUUUUUGCUUUUAAAAACUAGUUUUUAAACUUUUGUUUUGCUUAUUAAUUUUUUUUAAACUUUCCUUAACUUUCUUAAAACUUUUUUACAGAUUUAACAUUUUUCUAAGCUUUUUUUUUUUUACCGUUAACCUCUAACUAGCAGUAAGCAGCACUAACAGUAAAUUCCCCAUUUUCCCAUAACUCCCACCCACCCCAGCUAGCAAAAUAUAUAGUUAUAAAAUAUUUAAAUUAAUUAAAUAAAUCGAACCCCUGAGGGUUAAAAAAAGAAUUAACCCUCAGGGGUUAAAAAACGAUCAUAGUAAAAUGUAAUCCUGCCAAUUGAUCACUGUAGUCAGGGGUUAAUUUUUAUUAAAAUGGGUAAGGGGGUUGGGACUUUAAAAUAUCUUUAUUUUUUUCUUUACAGCAGGGGGCAGGAUGAGCACUGUUCCGGCUCCCUGCACUUCACACAGAACCAGGAAGUGCAGGGAGCCGGAAGAUAAGUAUACAGAGCACAUGUGCUCGCUCUGACUUGCGGUCAGAGCGAGCACAUGUGCUGGGCAGCCUGACCGGGUGCUCCCGGUAUGCCUCUAAUACGAUAGCGGCGAUCAGGGGUUAAUUUUUCCGUGACGGACAAGGUCCGUCACUCGUCACUAAGGGUCUCCCCUCUGUGACGGACCUCGUCCGUCACCCGUCCUUAAGGGGUUAACUGAUUUCUCACUUUAACUGUAACAUAAACACUGCAUUUUCUCUGAAAAGACUUUGUUUACAGCAAAAAGCCUGAAGGUAAUGAUUUUACACACCAGAACAAAUUUAAUAAGCUGUAGUUGUUCUGGUGACUAUAGUGUUCCUUUAAUGGCAUAUCACUAGUCUGUUAUUUCUCAUCCAAUUAACUAGGCUGCCUGGUGACACCAAAAAGACCUUGCCGUAGGUGGAGUUUCACUUUCUGCAACAGAGGGUAUUAACGCUGUAUGUGAAGCCUUUCAUAAAAAAAACUCUUCACAUACAGACAUCAAAACCAGUUAAAAUCACUGAAGUGUUCAUGGUGUUUGGAGAAACCCUUUAAGACGACUAGACAAUAGUCUCCUUGUAAAUGAUCCAAGGACCCCAGCCACUGUUUCCUGCUGAUAUGCUGUUAAAUUUCCCAUGCUUUUGUGGCUUGGAAUUAAUACAAACCUAGCAUGUUUUUGUCCCUAGAACUCCAAAUGUAUGCUUGUUUAGUAAUAAAAGGAAGUGUAUGUUAGUUUUAAUCAUCUGACAGAUAAAAUCAUUAACCUAGAAAGUAGGAAAAGUUUUUUUCAAUUUGCAUAAUAAAUCUUCUGUUCUAGAUGGUGAUAAACAACCUUCUUGUUCUCUCCAGCAGGAUUUAUUUUAAAAAGUGCCUUAUUCUCAUUUACGUGCAGAUUGCUUUGACUUUUGUGCUGUUUUAUGUUUGAAGUCCUUUUACCAACGUAAGAACAUCCUGAGCACUGAGGCUGUCAGCUUAUACAUUUACUGCCACGGAUGCCCCCUAUUUUGUAUUACACUCGUACAAUAUGUAUAUUUUCCUGAAAUCAAACUUUUCUUUUGGAACUGCUAAUGACACUACACAAUGGGCUGUUCAGAAAGAUAAGGAAUGUUCUUUGGGAAGUGCUGCUACUUUUAUAUAUGUGAAGUUUAUACAUCAGCAGUUGGAGCUAAUUUGCCUGUGUGUGAUCACUGACAGGGAGGGACAACCAGGCAUCUCCAGCAGCAAAGUCAAGGUAAGGAUUGCCAACAAGAAGAAGUUUCCCUGCAGCUUCCUCAACAGUGCCAUACCUGGCAACCCUUGCCUUGUUUGAGAAGUGAACAUGGUCUUCAAGGUCACAUAUCCAAUUUGAACCUCUCUGAACUGGAGGAGUCUCCCAGUUACACAGAUAGAGUGGCAUUUAACAUGGGUGGAGAUAACGUGGACAGCUAUGUGCCCUACCCACAAAGGAAAUCUACAGUCUGGAAUUUCUUUCACCUGAAGGACCCCAGCAUUGGUAUCAGAAAUGCCACCAGUGUCUUUUGUAACCUCUGCACAAGGGAGGUGAAACGUGGCUCCACCCCUGGUAGAUUGGGUACCACUGCCAUGCGCAACCAUUUGGCAAAGCACCACCAGAGAGAGUGGGCAGCAACUGGCAGUGCAGUAAAUGCACCAAUUGUAUCAAAUCUUGCUUACCACUGUUGCACAAAUUCCUCAACUUCCCGGGCUUCUCCAGAGAAACAAGUGGUUCCACUUUUGCACUCUGUUCUUGACAUCUGUUACUGCUUUUUUGCAACCGUGUGCACACUUUGUGGGUCAGUGAUUUCACAGGAAGAGACUGUAAGUGCUAACCGGGAGUAUUUAAUGUUAACGCAUAUGCAGUCAGCACACAGCAGUAUCCUCCGGGUAUCUCGGAAUGAGAUAAAUGGAGAACGUUGUGCAGAAUAUGACAGCAGCAAUUCCUCUUUGUAACCAACCUAUCACUAUUAUAUCACAUGACAUUCAGUGACUUUUCGCAAACCUGGAUAAUUGUACUUUGUAAUUUGUUUUGAAGCAAUAAUGAUCACCUGCAAUCUGCAAAUGUUUUACAUUAAACUUGCAAGGAACGUGACUUAAAAUAAAUGUUUAAAAAUAAUUUUUAGUGCACCAACAUAUUUAGUAGCUGUGUGCUAUGACAACGGUGGACCUGCUUUUUAAAUUUGACAAAACAUUAAUGAAAAUAAAAUAAAAACAAUUAGGCAUCUACAAAUGAUGGGUUGGAACCUUUCUCUGGACAAAUGCUUUGUAAUAUCGAAACUUGAUAGACAAGGAAACAGUCAAGAAACUAAAGUAGAUGCUUGAGCUUUACAGUAAAUACCAAGAAUAAUGAAAAGACAACAGUGAACUCCGUUAUUCACUAAAGUGACACUGAAUGUAAAGGAACACUUUAAUGUUGGGAAUACAGAGAUGUAUAAUUAAUGAUUAUUAUAGACUUAAAGGACCACUCUAGGCACCCAGACCACUUCAGCUUAAUGAAGUGGUCUGGGCGCCAGGUCCAGCUAGGGUUAACCCAUUUUUUCAUAAACAUAGCAGUUUCAGAGAAACUGCUAUGUUUAUGAAUGGGUUAAGCCUUCCCCUAUUUCCUCUAGUGGCUGUCUCAUUGACAGCCACUAGAGGCGCUUGCGUGCUUCUCACUGUGAUUUUCAUAGUGAGAGCACGCCAGCGUCCAUAGGAAAGCAUUAUGAAUGCUUUCCUAUGAGACCGGCUGAAUGCGCGCGCAGCUCUUGCCGCGUGUGCGCAUUCAGCCGACGGGGAGGAUCGGAGGAGGAGAGCUCUUCGCCCAGCGCUGGAAAAAAGGUACGUUUUAACCCCUUUCCUCCUUCCAGAGCCGGACGGAGGGGGUCCCUGAGGGUGGGGGAACCCUCAGGGCACUAUAGUGCCAGGAAAACAUGUAUGUUUUCCUGGCAUUAUAGUGGUCCUUUAACCAUGCAAUGUUUUAUUUGCCUAAGCAACCUAUUAAAUAGUUAUCUGUAUAGGCCUAAAAUAAUGCUACUUAGUUACUUGGAAACCACUCAAGGAGCAAUAACUAAAAGAGGAAUAAAGUUAUUUGGUAUAGAAAAAAGGCAAAAGCAUCAUUGUUCCCUUAAACAUGAUAUAACUGUAUUGGUUUAAAACAUCUAUUUUCUUACAGAAUGGGCAGCAAAGUCAAUAUUGAGUUUUUAUAGCCUUUAGUCUUUAUGAACAAUGUAUAUGUGAGAGUACAUGUACUUUGAUGUUUUCUUAAAAGAACCUAACUAUGAAACAGACACAUCUUUGUGUUCAAGUCGCUUUAUUAUUUGACACACUUGUUGUUAUUCACAAAUGCUAUAUUGUGGCUUGGGUGCAUCAACCAUAUAAUUCGGGCCAAAACAACCAGGUUGACGUUUUGUUUUUUCCAUCUCCUGAUAAUAUUUUAGGAUGAAUUUUGAAGCUUUGUUGUUAGCAUACCACUGGAGGUCAGAAUCUUGUGCUUGCUGUAAAAUGAAUGUUUCAUUAAAUUAUACGGUGAUGAUGACCUAGUGGUGCAUUACUGUUGGAUUAUGCUAUGUCAGUGGUUCCCAACCUUUUUACUUGAGUAGCCCCUGGCAGCUCAUUUCCAUAAAUUGUACCCCUCAUAUUAGCAAAAUAUAGUUGCUUUUAUUUAAAACGUAUACAUUUUUUUUUUUUGCCCCGUCUCCCCUUUCUCUCUGACCCAGCCUCCCCUGCUCCUCUUCUGCCCCAGUCUUCCCCCUGCUCCUUUUCUGCCCCAGGCUUCCCCCUGCUCCUCUUCUGCCCCAGGCUUCCCCCUGCUCCUCUUCUGCCCCAGGCUUCCCCCUGCUCCUCUUCUGCCCCAGGCUUUCCCCUGCUCCUCUUCUGCCCCAGGCUUUCCCCUGCUCCUCUUCUGCCCUCAGGCUUCCUGCUGCCUCCUCUCUGCUCCUCAGGCUUCCCCCUGCUCCUCUUCUGCCCUGGCUUUCCCUGCUCCUCUUCUGCCCCUGGCUUUCCCCUGCUCUUCUCUGCCCCUGGCUUCUCCCUGCUCCUCUUCUGCCCAGGCUUUCCCCUGCUCCUCUUCUGACCCUGGCUUCUUCCCCUGCUCCUCUCUUGCCCCAGGCUUUCCCCUGCUCCACUUAUGCCCAGGGCUCACCCUGCUCCACUCUGCCCAGGGCUUACCCUGCCUCAUCUUCUGCCCAUGGUUCCCUGUUCCUAUCCUGCCCAAAGUUCCCUGCUCCUCUUCUCUCUGCUAAAGGUUCCCUGCUCCUCUCUGCCCUGCUCCUCUGGCUUCCUGCUCCUGCUUUCUGCCAGGCCCCCUGCUCUCUGCCUACCCCAGGCUCCCCCGCAUCUCUCUGCCCCAGGCUUCCCCCGCACCUCUUCUGCCCCAGGCUCCCCCCGCACCUGACACAUAUGCAGAUACACAUACUGACGCAUACAAAUGUACAGACAGAUACUGUCAUGCGGUAACACUUCUGGGUUCGGCACUCUGCUGUGUGGAGCCGGAGCCCGCCCCCCUCUGAUGCGGCUUCUGAAUAUGCACGCCGGCUCUACAAACUCUGAAGUCGUCCUAGCCUUCUGGACUAAGACAAGUAUGCUUCAUAUCAUAGAGGAUUACUGGAGAACGGAAACUCACUUACUUUACAAGUGGACCAUAUCCCUAAACUAUUGGAGGACAACUCAGAUUAACCUUAAGUAUAUCUUUCAGCUAUUUGUCUACAUUAUCAUUUAUUAAUGAACUAAUUCUUGCUUACUCAAAUCUUCAUUGCUACAAGCUACUAAUUAUAUGGAGGACAACUCCCAUCAUGCUUAUUCACUAUGAACUGUUUCUUGCUUUGCAAAUACACUCAGUGCUUCAAGCUACUAAUUGUAUGGAGGACAACUCCCAACUUGCUUAUUAACUAUGAACUGUUCCUGCUUUGCAAAUAUUCUCAGCUACUUGCUUAAAGUUACCAUUGAAGAUUAUUCUCAUUAACCUAAAGAAUGGUACUUAAUGUAUCUCAGAAGAAAUACUUAAUGAUGAACUUUGUGUUGUUGAUUACUUGCACCACUUCUUAUUGGAUUAUUGCCUAAAUGCAAUUCAUUUAAGUUUAACACUUAUUAAAACUUCGGUUGAAUCAAGUUGCCAGUGAUUCUCUAUUUUUUUAAAGCUACAGUAUUGAUACUUUUAAAGAUUCUCCGUUUCUUCACAAUUGUAAUUAGGGAGUUUUACAAGAUGCAGUUGAGUUCCAAUCCAAAUCACCCAGAUGCACACUGACACAUAUACAGAUGUACAUACAUACACACAUACAGAUGUACAGACAGAUACACACAUGCUGAUACACAAAUACAAACACUGACACUUACAGAUACACACACUGAUACAAACAAUGACACACACACAUACAAACACCACAUACAUACAGAAAUAGGCACUCAAUACACUACAUACAGGUGAACAUUUUAGCCACCCUCCAGUUUCUUACCUUAUGGGAGCAGGGGUUGGAAUCUGCUGGCUGGCGUUGAUGGGAGUUCAGAGCUUCCUCUUCUGGCAGCUAAAGGGGAUGGGGCUAUCACAAAGGGGGCAGAGCUAUGCCGAUUAAGGGUGUAGUUAUAGCGGGGGAGGGGUUAUGUCGGUAAGGGGGAUGGGUUAACACUGUGGGCGGGUGGGGGCAGGCACUACUAGCUUGCAGUCCCGCCAGCCCCUUCCUUCCAGCUCUCUAGCAGCCCCUGGUGGGGCGCCUCAUGGCACAUGUCCAUCGGGUGGCCCUGAGUGCGUGGGCCACCUGAUGGACUUUUACUCAGGUUCCCAACUUGUGCCAGGCGGCUGAAGCGCCGCAAUAACCGAUUAUUUUUUCGAGUAACCCAAGGGGCACUGGAUUGUACCCCUGGGGGUACGUGUACCACAGGUUGGGAACCCCUGUGCUAUGUGAAAAAGUGCCAUGUGUUCUUAUUACACUACAUUGUAUGACUGAUGCACUGAGCACGUCUACGGUCAUUGUGAGGCGGAACAGAGAACCGAAGGUGAUCGAAAUAUAUCAGAACCCGGAAGGAACUGCUUAUGGUUGGCAUUUAUAAAUCUGUUGAGCAAGAUAGUGGAUACGUGAUAAGGAGGCUCAUCAUUAUUUUAAGUAAAAUCAUUUUAAUGUGUAUUUUAAGAAUGCAUUGUAUUGAUUCUGCACCGUUGGGUUCCUGUUGUCUUUUGUCUCUUUCCCUGUUAAUUAUUAAAGGCAAAGACACUGUGUGGCUGGGGAUCCUGGGAGCUGUGGGAUAUAUCCCUCUCCAAUGGAGCCAUUAAUACACAGCCAGGGUAGAUUAGGCUAUGGAACAUGUGAGUGUGAUUAUUGGCUAUACAUUAACUCACUAAAUUUGCUUUUGUUUAAAAAUUAGGUGGUCUUCACUAUUAUGUAUUUGUAUUAUUAUUUACAUAGUUUAUUGUGAGAAGAUUGUUUAAGUAUUAUCCGAGGGCACCACUAUGUUGUGUGUCUUGUUGAAUUUGUGUCUUUAAUAGGGGUGAGUUCUGUUGGUUUUGUAUACAAUUGUGUUUGGACUGAUUUUUAUAUAUAUAUAUAUAUAUAUAUAUGUAUGUGUGUGUGUGUGUGUGUGUGUGUGUGUAUAUAUAUAUGUGUGUGUGUGUAUAUAUGUGUGUGUGUGUGUGUAUAUAUAUAUAUAUAUAUAUAUAUGUGUGUGUGUGUGUGUGUGUGUAUAUAUAUAUAUAUAUAUAUAUGUGUGUGUAUAUAUAUGUGUGUGUGUGUGUGUAUAUAUAUAUAUGUGUGUGUGUGUGUACACAUUGGAUUGAGUUUGGAUACAUUUAUUUUAUAUUUAAGUGCUUUCCACUAUUACUGAUUGAAUAAUAUUUAUGUUGGUACAUAUAUACAGCGCUACGGAAUUUGUUGGAGCUUUAAAAAUAAUAUAAUAAUGUGAAUUUAUGCUAUGUUUUUAAUACUUAUUAACAGUUUUUGUUUUGAAAGGUAUAUAAAUAAAAAGAAAGUAUUUCACCGGGUAAACAGUACCUAACAUAUCUUCACUUCUCCCUUUAGACAAACCUGCAGUUUAACAACAACAAGUACUACCUAAUACAGCUACUUCAAGAUGACAAUGCUAGACACUUCUCUGUGUGGAUGCGCUGGGGCCGAGGUGAGAUCAGACGUGAACCUAGAUAGCAAGUGUGAAAAUGUCUUGCGAAUGUUAUGUCAAUUAUUGUGUAUCUUGAGCUACUUUGUCAUGUAGUCAAUGUGCCCCAGUCAUCCAGGCAGUAUAAAUGUGUAAGAGAGUGUAAAAUAUAUAAACACACCAGUGGGAGCUGUGUGUAUUGAUACAUAAUAUUUGCAUUAAUUUGUGUGUGUUUGUUUGUUUAAAUGUGUUGUGAAAAGUAUUUUUAUUUAGAUAAUACAUUUCUUACAGUUGGUAAAAAAGGUCAAAACUCUUUGGUGGCCUGUGGAGGAGAUCUCCAGAAAGCAAAGGAUAUCUUUGAGAAAAAGUAAGAUUGAUUCUUAGCUAUAGACUAUAUCAGAGUCCAUUUUCCAUAUUUUAGCUAUUUAGUUUCAUUUCUAUAUAAAAUGUAAGAAUUUUCAGUUUCUUCAUUCUAAACUAUAUAGUACAGCUAAGUCCAUCUUUCAUGUAUUAGGCAUUUACUUUGUUUUAUUAUACAUACGAAUAUAUAUAUAUAUAGAAUUUUUACUUUCUCAACUUUUCUCUCUUUUGGGGUCUCCCUUCCCCCCCCCACACCCCUCCUUUAAAAUGCCAAUUUGAUUGUUUUCACCACCUUCUUCUUUUAUUUUAUUUUUUUACAUUUUAUUAAAAUAGGUUUUCUGAUAAGACCAAAAAUGAAUGGUCUGAGCGUAAGCUGUUUGAAAAGGUUCCUGGGAAAUAUGACAUGCUACAGAUGGAUUAUAAUUCUACCACUGAGGUAUGUAUGCAUGUUAAGAUUGUAUGUCUUUAUGCAUUUCUAUUGAUUUUGACACGUGGAUACUUUGCAGUUUGCCCUUCUCUGAGCUACAUUUGCAGACCUCAUGAACAAAGAAAGAGAGCAAAAUUGUGGCACUUUUUUGUCUCAUAUACAUUUGUAUUUGGGAUACUUUUCUCUCUCCUCCUAAUUUGUAUAAAAAUUGCCAACUCUAAUAAAAGGUGAAGGAAGAGAAAGUAGUGAAAGAAGAAAAGGUGCCUAACCUACCUAAACCAGAGUCAAAGCUAGACAACAGAAUACAGGAAUUGAUCCAGCUGAUAUGUAACCUGCAAAACAUGGAACAGACUGUGCUGGAGAUGAAAUAUGACAUAAAGAAAGCACCUUUAGGUAAAGUUUUCCAUGUCAUUGCCAUUGUUUGUUUUUUUUGUCAGCUACAUUGCAUCCUAAGUUCCCAGUAUUAAUUUCUCCGACAUGAUAAACAUUUCUUCUGACUCCAACAGGGAAGCUAACUGUAGAACAGAUUCGUGCUGGAUAUUGCUCUUUGCAGCGCAUAGAGACCUGUAUCAAGAACCAAAAGUUUGGCCGAGAUCUUAUAGAAGCAUGUAAUGAAUUUUACACCCGUAUCCCUCAUGACUUUGGGUCAGUAUCUUGGUUUGCCUUUCUUGGAAAAAAUGUGCAAGCACAGUGUGUGUAAACAGUCUGUAACUUCUAUGUUGUUUCUCUACAGUCUCCGAACACCUCCUCUUAUAAGAACCCAAGAGGAGCUAGCACAUAAAGUUUGCCUCCUGGAGGUGAGAAGAUACACCCCAACAAAAUGCUUGAAUAAGGACCUAAAUCUAUUUACUUAUAGAAACAUGUUCUAUGUCUGUAUAUAACUAUAUCUGAAACAUCUAUAAAGCUUCUAUUGAGUUCAGCAUUUGUUUUGUAGGAUCGGAUGUUUAAUAGGGAUUUUAUACUUGACCACUCUACAUAUAUGAUGUAUAAUAAGUAUUCUUUUUUUAAUAACAACUUGCAGUAUCAUUUCUACUAAUAAGAACAAGGUGUAGAAAAUCAGAUCUGAAAUAGAAACAUUUUAAAGUUUGCUCUCCUAGUUUAACUAUUAUGAUGUUCACAUUAUGAAUAAAUUAGGGCUAUGUAGGGCUAUAUCACUUUUACUUUAUCCACGCACAGUUGGGGUGUAAUCUGUUUUGUGAAUUAAAGUGCUGAUCAUUGUGAACAUUUAUAAAGGUAUCUCUUCUGCUAUUUUUAUGUAACACAGGGAUAAACAGAUUGUUCCUCCAUUACUAUUAACCAAUUAAAAGCUGCCCGUGAGUCCUGGUAGUUCAAGUUCAAUGAUGGGUUACGCAGUGUAGAUUAGAAACAGUAGACAGUCAAAUGAUUUAUAAGAAGAUGAAGAGCAGAGCAUAAAAAUGACAUGAAACGGGCCAAAGAGUAUUUUGUAUUAAUUUUUUUAAGUGUUGAGAUACUCUAGGCUCCAUAGAAUAUAAUGUAGAAAAAUAGAAAUGUUCAUUGCAUAAUAGCUACCCUUUAUCAGAUAUAAUUUUUAUAUUUCUCAUUACCUAUUUAGGCUCUUGGAGACAUUCAGAUUGCAGUGAAACUUGCAAGUAUGGAGUCUGGUUCUCUGGAGCAUCCAGUUGAUCGUCAGUAUCGACAGCUGCACUGCUCCUUAGAACUUGUGGAGCAUACAUCAGAGGCCUUCCAGGUACAACAUAUCUAAUCUUUAUUUUCUUUUAUGUCUGGUUUCCAGUGAUAGAAAUGUUGAACUAUGAUUUUUUUUUUUUAUUGUCCAGCUAUAUGUGUGUGUGUAUAAAAUGUGAAUAAAAUUGUGGGUGAGAAGGACAUUUUUCAGUUUUCUGCUUAUAACAGUCCUCAUUGUUAAAUGCCUCAUAUGUCUACGAUUUAAAUAAAACUUUUUGGUAGUUAAAGCUAACGCUAUAUCAACCCCCUCCUCCCCUGACACCACAUUGCUACUGUCAGUCUGGGGCCACUAAAAAUGAUACCUGUUUCUCCUUGUGUGAGCAGGGAUUUAACCCUGAUCACACCGCAUUGCAGUCGAUGGGAUUUAAAUCCCAAUUAAUGGGCUGUACAGAGCAUCUGACAGUUGUGGCAUCUAAAACAAAAUGGCCCCAGCUGUCAGAAUGUGCUGUGCUGUGCUGUGCUCUUAAUGAACCUUAAGUGGAAUUUGUGGGAUAUCUUGUGUGCACAUAACUAUCUUCAGCUGCUGUUAGAGGGCACAGACUGAUGCUAGGCACAGCUAUUGAGUUAUGAUAUCUCAAUGUGUUUGCAUCUUAGCUUUCGACUUGCAUGUUCAGUCAUGUUUAAAUUUAGGACAUAAUCACUCUUCACUCUCAUUAACUAAAGUUUAUCUAAUGCUUGUCUUUGUGGUCUGGAUCUGUAUGUAGGUGCUGAAAUUACCUGUCUCAACAAAUAUGUAGUAGCCAAACGUGACAUGUAGUGCAACAUUUCAUUUUCUCUCACUCUCUCUAAUUUCUACUUACAGAUUAUUGAGCGAUACCUGAAGAGCACACAUGCUGCUACACACAGUGAUUACACCAUGACCCUGUUGCAUGUGUUCCAGAUGCAGAGGGAAGGAGAAGAGAGCAACUUCCAAGUUCACCUUCCUAAUAGGUUUGUAAUAUAGGACUGCCAAUGCACAUGCCAUUGUUAUUGCUUCGCUAUGGGUGCAAUUUACACAUCUGCCAGAAGGCUAAAAUCCAGGCCUGCAUGUUUAUUUUUUAUUUUGAUAUAUAUAUAUAUAUAUAUAUAUAUAUAUAUAAAUAGGGAAAACAUUUCACAGUGUUUACAAUGAUUCAGUACUAAUACAUGUUUAACAUUAUAGUAGAAUCUCUACAUACAAAAAAUAGAUAUAAAUACCUGCUAUUAUUAAACCUGUUUUACACAAUACAUUGUGAAAAUAAAACAAAACUAUAACUAUAAAAAUAAAUAUUGAGGUAUGGAAAAUAGGAGGGGCAGGACAUUGGUAACGUUUACAACAUUUGAAAUAUGAAAAGACAUUGCCCUGUUGGUUCAAUGGCCUAUUAUAUUAACAUUCAAUACUGAGUGUGGUCAUGAGGAAUUAAUCAUAAAGAAACUUACUUAUUAAAGUUCCAUUACAUAGCUUAUAUUAAUACAAAAUAAUCCUGUAUGGGCACAGCUGGCGAGUCUUCUCAAAUCUGUUUUGUUUUUUUAAAUUAUAUUUUAAUUGUAUUAUUAUGUUUCUUGUACCUUUUGUUUCUUUUCCCACAUAUCCCACGCUUGUUUGUAUUUUUUUUAGUUUUGCCUAUGUUCACUCUAAAGAAGCGUUCAUGCAAAUUAUUUGCAGUAACUUGGUAUAUGCAUUGCGAUAUAUCUGGAGCUAUUCCUUUCUCUAUUGUCGACAUAGAAUCAUAAGUGCAGCUAUAUUAAUAUGGUACUUAAGGUACCUGUCUGUAUAUGAAAGUUUAGUCGGAUAAUUUUGUAGCAGGAGACAUUCUGGGGUGCGAGAAAUAGUAAUUCCUAAGCUAGUGUCUAUUAGAUGUUUUACUGUUGUCCAGAACUCCUGCUGCUUUGUGCACUGCCGCCAAAUAUGAAGCAUUGUGCCUUUUUCUGUUCCGCACCUCCAACAUAUAUUCAAUGUAUUGGGAAACAUACGCUUCCCGCCGAGUGACGGACCUGGUCCGUUAUGGCUGGGAAACCGUUAACGCUGAAUGAGGGACCAGGUCCGCAAUGUAGUAAAGUUAUCUGCCUCUGUAUUAGAGGCAGACCAGGAGCACCCGAUUGCGCUUCCCCUGCAGCAGUGAACGCUCUGACAUGUGCUGCAGUGACUCACGAUCCGCCUCCCUGCGCUUUCGGGUUCGGUGUGAAGUGCAGGGAGACGGAUCACUGCUGAUCUUCUCCCUGCAAAAAAAUAAAUGAAGUUAAAUUAAAAUCCCACACCCCUUUACCCUUUUUAAAUAAUAACCCCUUCCCUGCCAAUUGAUCACUGUUUACCGUGAUCAAUUGGCAGGGUAUACAUUUUACUGUGAUAGGAUUUUUAUUUAUUUUUUUCUUUAACCCCGGAGGGCUACAAAAAAUAAAAGUUGACCCUCAUGGGGUUAUUUUAUUUUAUUAAUUAAUUUAAAUAUAUUAAAAUGGUAUAUUUAGCUAGCUGGGGUGGGUGUAAGUUAGUGGGGAUUUGGGGAAUUUGGUAAUUGAUGUUAGGCUAGUUAGAGGUUAACGUUAAAAAAAGUUAAAAAAAAAAAAAAAAUCCCACCCUCCUUUACCCAGUCCUAAUAAAAAUUAACCCCUUCCCUGCCAGUUGAUCACUACCUACAGUGAUCAAAAUACAGAUAACGGGGCGGGGCCUGACAGCUAAGAUGGCCAGACGUGUUUGUUAACUGCUCCUGAGCAACUGAGUUUAACCGAAGCCUUUACCACUUAAGUCGCCUGAAAUUCAGAGCGGAGUAGAUGGUGGAUUGUCCCUGCAACAUGUGGGCACUCGUGGGUGUCCUGUAUACUCCUCUAGACCAAGGAAAUCCGCUGUCCGAACAUGCGGCCUAGCGUGACUAGCAGCCUGAAGACGGGGGGAGGCGGCCGCUCCCUCAGCAUAGGGCCUGCUCUGAUCAAUGGCCUGUCAGCUGCCCUGCAACCCCCCCCUAUGGACCGGUGGGGGUCAUCCCGGUCCCCGCUGGGGAAACUCACCUCUUCCACACAACGAGGCUCCCUGCUGAAACAACAACCGCGUGGCAUGCAAAACAUGGCCGCCACUCCUCAUCCUCAGCAACACCAGAGUUGUACCGCUGAGCCGCAAUGGAGAGAGAGCUUUGAGGCGCGCUUUGAUGCUCUGUGUGACCGGUUCUGGCGGCGCAUAUACCACCGACCACCCGUUCCUGUCGAGACGAUUAGUCUGAAGGCAGCAACGUCUACUCGACCGAAGAAAUCCACAAGCAGCCGACCCGGCACACGGAAAGCCCACCGACAAGCGGUGUACCAGCGGACCCGCUCUGACACAGUGCGGCGACGGAGCACCCAUGACUGCUUGGCUGUAGAACAACCUGCACCUCGGGCACGGUGGAACAGAAACCUCUUGCACAGUAAAACUCACACAGCACUUGGGAAUGUGACCCGGCUGAGGCAGCGGGACAGAGAGCAGAGAAACACCUCACACAGGAGCCGCAAAGGGGCUACCUUGGAUGUCUAUACAUACGCCGACCAAGCGGAGCCUAAUAGACCAGCAAGUCACACACAGGGCCUAAGAGUGGGAAUUGGCUGACCGCUGACUGGCACAGUAACGCAGCCCCACACCGGACAACAGGACCUGCGUCACGUUCUGUGGACUCCGACUCACCGUUGUGGGACUCUCGUCACCCUACAAGAGGAUGCAGCAUUCACACACUCUGGACUGCCAACACAGGAUACCCAAUCCCGGGCUCUUGCCAGAGAACACCCAGUGAGAACUCUUCCAAUAACUUGCAAUGAUGUUUGUUUGCAAUAACUGAAGUUGUCUUUGCUUAUUAGCUUUGCUCGACCGUAGCCUUAUCAGUUCACUUAAUCUAAUGCACGAUAGGCAUAACCAGUUGGAUAUCUGAGGCUAAUAAUGAGUGCAAGUAAACAGAAUGGAGUAAAAUUAUCUAAUAUACCUACACUCCUGCAGACAUGCUGACUCCCCUAGGGAAACAGCUGUACCCUUAUAGCCGGUAGUACUCAGCAGCCUGGCAGCUUAGCAUGAUAACUUCCCAUUGGAGGAAUCUUUAUACUAUAAUGCCUAGAUUAAUUGCACUGUCAGCUAAGCACUCUAAUGGGUAUACUGUUCAUAUGUGCCUAAGACCUUCAUAAUUGUAACUAGGCACAAUUUCACUGUUACGAUAAGCUACCUUUUCAUCUUAAUUUUAAUGACUUCUACCUAUAUGUGACUCACCCAUGUAUAACAGCUAGACCCAGCCUAUAUCAAUCAGUUCAUCUGUUAUCGCAUGGUAUUCACAGCAACUUUAGCGAGGAUAUAUUCAGUUAUAACUGUUAUGAUAAGCUACUUUUUCAUUCUCAAUUUAACGUCUUCACUGUUUAGCCAAGCUGAUGUUUAUUAUGCUUAUACAAAAAUAUGCAACUCCUCUUGCCACUGUUCACCCUAAGUACAUUCUUACACACGCUGUUGUGGCGUAUGUCAUUGCUAUGUAUAACAUGCACAACAAAAAUAAAGAAUUGCAAAUAAAAAAUAAAAAAUAAAUAAAAAAACCACGUUACAAGGGAUUUUUAGAUAAGAUAGAUAAGGCAUAAGCUCACAUAUAGUAUUUCCAGUGAUGGAGGUCAAGAUAUUUUUUUUUUGUUUCCUUAUUAUCAGAUUGAUAAUCAGAAGAUUGAUAACUGUUUGCAUUUAUAGACAUUAUAUGUAAUGUAUACAUUUUGAUCUAUUUUUUUGCAUCCAAAAUGGCAUGUAAACUAUCCUUGACAAAUACCGUGUCAUGUUUGGGUCAAAUGUGAGUUUGGUCAUUUAGAUGAACAUUUGAAUUUUAGCAACUUUAAUUUGUUUAAUUUUUUUUUAAAACAUCCUCUUCUGCCACUAACGUUCUUGAAACCCUGAUAAAUGGAAAAUUAAGCUACAAUGAUAUCAUUGCCUACCAAUACAAUAUUUUCACUUAACGCUAUUAAAAUGAAUGAUUUUACUUAUUUUGUAUAUCGCAUUGUACCAUUAAACACCUUCAAAUCACAAAAAAAAAAAAUACAGAUAACAGUAUUAAUAGGGUUAACUUAUAUAUUUUUUUUAACCCUCAGGGGUUACAUUUAUUUCAUUUUAAUAUUUUAAAAUUAUAUAUUUUGCUAGCUGGGGUGGAUGGGAGUUAUGGGAAAUUGGGGAAUUUACCAUUAGUGCUGCCUACUGCUAGUUAGAGGUUAACGGUAAAAAAAAAAAAAAACGCUUAUAAAACUGUUAAAUCUGUAAAAAAAAAUAAAAAAAAUAAUAAAAAAACGUUUAAAAAAAUGAAUAAGCAAAAAAAUGUUUAAAAAAGUUUUAAAAAAAUACAUUUAAAAAUGCUCAUUACCACUACACCUGAAACAAACUAGAGAAAAAAUUAUCCCACGCUAAGGUUCAAAAUACGCCUUUUGAAUUACCCCAGGGUGUAUUCUUUAAAAAAUAGUAUGUGUUUGUGGGGAAGUUUCAAUAACCAACCGUCUAAACUACUCCAUAAUGGAACAUGGACACAGCGUAGAACUUAAAAGUUAGAAAAAAACUGAAUGGCUGCGUCUCAAAUGUGCCCCUUCAACAUCCACAUAUACCUGGCAAAGGUACAUACGGUGGUAUUGCUGUACUAAGACAACAUAGCUGAGCAACAUAUGUAGUAUUAUACAGUCGUAGCACACAUAAGGUAUGCAAAAUAUACUGCACAAACUCACUUUGUGUGACAAAAAGUCAGAAAAAACGCUUAUUACCACUACACUUAGUACAAGCUAGCGGGAAAAUGAUCCCACGCUAAGGUUCAAAAUAUGCCUUUUGAAAUACCCUGGGAUGUCUUCUUUAAGAAAUAGUAUGGCUAUAUGGGGUAUUUGGAUUAUAUAGCCUGGUAAAAUACUUAAAAAUGGGGCAUGGGCACAGCGUAAAAAGUUUAAGUUUGAAAAAAAACUGGAAUGGCUGUGUCCCAAAUCUGCCGCUCCGAUGUCCACAUAUACCUGGCAAAGGUACAUACGGCAGUAUUGCUGUACUCAGCCGACAUAGCUGAGAAACAUAUGAAGUAUUAUACAGUCGUAGCACACAUACGAUUUGCAAAAUAUACUGUGCAAACUCACUUUGUGUGUCAAAAAGGCAGAAAAAACGCUUAUUACCACUACACUUGGUACAAGCUAGCAGAAAAAUUAUCCCACGCUAAGGUUCAAAAUAUGCCUUUUGAAAUACCCUGGGAUGUCUUCUUUAAGAAAUGGUAUGCCUUUUACGGUGUAGUUGUAAUAUGUCGCCUUCUCAAGUGCUUCAAAGUGGGACACGGACGCAUCAUAACCCUUCAUGAAAAUUCAUACUUAAAAACCUGAACUUGUCACUUCUUUUACAGCACUGUAACUUCACAAAAUAGUGUCUAGGUCAUACAUUGGGCAUAUUGUUUUAAUCAGAAGGUGUAACUGAGUAUAAUUUGUGGAUUUUUAUAGCAGUGGUACAUAUUAAGUGUAAGAAAUACUCAGCAAAAAUGCAACAUAUAUGUAAAAAUGGCAUUUGUCCCCACCACCACCACAAACAUUGACAUAAAUUGGUGAAAAAAUGGUGACAAGUUAAGGCACAAUAUAUACACCAUAUAAGAUACCCUGGGGUGUCUGCUUUAUCAAAUGAAAGCCCUUUGUGGCAUUAUUUGAACAGUCACACUGCUAUAAUACCCUAAAAUGAGACAUAGGCUUGUCAAAUCCAUCUACAAAAAUUCUAACUAUAGAAACUGAAAUAGCCUUUUCUCUUAUAUGGCACUGUAGCUUUACAGAAAAGCACCAAAGGCAUAUAAUGGGGGUAUCGUUAUACUCAGCAGAUGUAGCUGAACACAAUAUGGGGUUCUGUGCAGGAAUAGCACACACCAGCUUUCCGAAAUACACAUUACAAAAACCUUGUUAUAUGUGUAUAUGACAAAAUAAAGAAAAAACUGAAUUUUACUCCAAUAUUUAGCAGAGACUGGCGAUGAAAUGGCUACGUAAAAAUUGUCAAACUAACCCUAGUUAAAUAGCCUGUAUUGUCUACCUUUUAUAAAUAUAUACUUUUGUGUGGCAAAUUUGUUUUCUCUGAUGGCUACUAAACCUACAAGACAAACAUACCAAAUUCUAAAAUUGUUGCAAAUUGAAAUUUUAUUUUAGUCCUUGUAUUUUGUGACCUGUAGCUUUCAAAAUAAGCUGAAAUUAUGUACUCUAUAAAUCAAGACACACAAAUGAAUUUAUUUUGAAUUACUUUUUCUAAGCUGGACAUAUUGUGCACACGCUAUUAUUGCCAGAACUGUGUGGGGGGGGGGAUUUAUUAUUAUUAAUUUUUUUUCAUUUUUUUGGCAUUUUUAUAUAAUUAAUGAGAAUAUAUAUGUGACAUCAAAUUAAAUCCCUGUUUGCCCUCUAAAAAAUGAUGUAUAAUAUGUUUUGGUGCAAUAAAUGACAAGCAACAAGACAUGAAGUCAUUCUUGUCUUGGUUUCAAGACAAUCUGGCCCAGACAUUUGAGUCAUUCAAAGAUUCUGCAAAGUCAAAGGUUACAGCUCCUGUUAAAGCAACAACCAAACAAAGGCUAAAACGGAAGAGAUCUUCGUCUGGAUCAGAACUGUCCUUGGGCGAAUGUUUUAUUUCUUCCUAUUCGGAAACUUCCAGUGAGUCUUCUGUUACAGAAGUCUGUUUUCCACAUGAAGAAUUUAGAUUUAUUAAGGAAAUAUACAAAGACAGUGUGAGAGAGAACUUUCACCGAAAUUGUAAUGAUUGUAGGGUAAUUAGGGCAUAAGUCAACGUGAAGAUAAUAAGGAAGAUUAGAACGGACUUACGAAAGGCAAGACCAGUACUAGUCCUACUACCCUGAUGAAAGCUGUUAAUCCAAUAGUAGGCUUAGUGCCAUAAUACAUAAAAACUAUUUAAUUUUACUAAACCCCUAACUGGAUAAAUAAGAAACAAAAAACAUAAAUGACUGUGUUAGCAUAAAGUGCAAAAAAAGAAGAGCCUUAUGAUAGUAUACAAAAGUAAACCCUUACUUGAAAUAAAGACACAAACACUAGUUGCCCUAAUACAAUGUUGCAAAUAGUUGCAAUGAGAAAGGUGCUGAGCUAGGUCUAAGGCUAGGGGUAAUUGGAUGCUGUCAAAGGGUAUACUAUGGGGAGAGUAUAUACAUGUAUAUGCUAUGAGAAGUGGUCAGCAAGUUAAUUGCAAAUGAAAUGAUAUAUGUAUAUCACUGAUUAAAUGUUAAAGCUCAAAAAAUCCCUCAAAAGCAGGAGAGUGGGUGCAGUCUCUUAGGGUAAGGUAAAGGGAUAUAUGGGGAAAUCCAAAGCAGCAAACUCCAAAUUGAUUUGAAUAACAAUUUGGAAGCUAGCGAUGGGAGUAAGAAAAAGAUAUCCCCUAUUAAUAUAUCCCAGUUACUUACAGUACAAUAAAUUAGUGCGGUGUGAUUUUACAGAUCAUCAGUGGAAUACACUCAGUAGCAUAAAGAGAAACACGGUGCUGUAUGGAAUAUAGCACUUUGAUAUAACAGACACAAUAGUUGAGAUAAUAGACCAAAUUCGUCUGUCGGGUGUGCUCUGAAGGGUAUACAAUUCUGUAAAUAACAUAGCUAGUAAUUUAUCAAGAGCACUGAUAGACAAAUAGGAAUAAGGAAUCCAACUGUUGUUUUAGUGCUGCAAGUAGAUUGCUAGACUGGCGAUGACCCAUAGAUAUAUACUGCCUAUUAAAAAAGCAGAUUUAAUAGGGAUAUCUUUAGUAGUGUGAAGAAAAAGAUAGCUAGAGUAAAGCCUGAUAGUCUAUUAAAAGUUACUGGUAGCUGCUUCAAGGCAGCUCCUGGUCUAGUUAGAACUAUUACAAAAGGGGGGCAUUUAUUUCCAGACAUUUCAAGAGCAUUGUUAAACUACAGGGAGAAAACUAGUGGGAAGACUUGCCAGUCGUUGACGUACAAGUUGCUCAGUUAUCUAAAAAGACUACCAUACCGAUUGGAGAAGUCUCUAGUCUUAAAGACCCUAUGGAAAAAAGUGCAGAAACAUCCAGCAGACGAGCAUAUCAGGCAGCAGGCUUUCAGGCUAAAGCAGCAUUGUCAGGAGCUUCGGUGGCUAAAGCUCAGUACCUUUGCCUUCAAUGAUUGGAAGAUAGCCGUGGUGAAUAUCAAGACAAAGAUCUUUCUCACCUGUUCCAAAAUGUAAGUUUAUCCAAUAAAUACCUGCUAGAUGUUAUCACGGAGGUGAUUAAACUUUCGGCUUGUGUCAUGGGUUUGACAUCUGUGGCCCGCAGGGCACUAUGGCUUGAGGUCUGGACGGCUGAUACAGCAUCAAAGUCUGCACUGUAUGACCUUCCUUUGGAGAGGAAGAAAUUGUUUGGUUCUCCUUUGGAAGAAUUAAUCCAACAGAUGUUGGAAACUAAAAAGGUUCUCCCUCAGGAAAGGAAGUAUUCAUGGAAACCCAGAUACAAGAACUUCCAGUACAAAAACCGUAGGGGAAUCAAGACAAACCCAGGUUUUUUUCAUCAACAAAGGAAAGAUCUGAGGUUUGAUGCACACAAAUACAUCAAAUCUGACAGCAAAAACAUUCUGACGCCACACGAGCGGGCGGAGGGAUACAAUUUGCUCACUGAUGGAGGGAGACCAUUGCAAAUCCAUGGAUUCUGAAUAUGGUUGCGAAAGGAUACAGAAUACAGUUCUUAGGUGUACCAAGACCAAGUUUCCUUGUCUCCUACCGUUCAAAAGUAAAAAACCAAGCCCUCUUCUCCGCCACGUUCACUGUUUUAAAGAAAUGUGUUGUAAAAAGAGUUCCCAGUACCCAGCUACAUCAGGAUGUCUAAUCCCGGUUGUUCCUGGUCCCAAAACCAGAUAUGUCCUUUCGUCCCAUUUUGGAUCUGAAAGAGCUGAACAACAAGAUUCAAUACCAGCAUUUCAGAAUGGAAAUUAUAGCAUCAGUCACUGAUAUCUUUCAAAUGGGGGAUUUUAUGGCGACUUUGGAUUUAAAAGAUACCUACCUUCACAUUCCUAUGGAUGUAGACUCAAGAAAAUACCUGCGGUUUGCUAUAAGAAAAGGUCACAAGGUUCAUCACUUUCAAUUCAAAGCCCUUCCAUUCAGUCUCGCCUCGGCUCCCAGGUUUUUUUUACAAAGGUCGUCACGCCUAUCAAGCCUUCUUAAGGGUGCAAGGAAUCACAGUUGUUCCAUACUUGGACGACUGGUUCAUAAAGGCAAAUUCAAGAGACGCUCUAGAGUCAGAAGUAGCUUACACCCUCAGAAUCCUGGAAGAUCAUUGUUGUGUUAUAAACCUGUAAAAAUCCUGUCUGCUUCCUACAUGGUCCAUUCAGUUUCUAGGUUUUUUUAUUCAAGUCAGACACUCUUUCUAUUCACCUAACUGGGGAAAAAAGAAAAAGUAUAAAAAAAACUGAUAACCGAUCUUUAGCGAAAACCAGAAUGUUCUGUGAGAAAAGCUAUGCAGGUGUUGGGACACCUCACCUCCACCAUCCAAGCAGUGAAAUGGGCCAGAGCAGAAUCAAGGCCUUUAUAGUGGGGAAUUCUUGCGCAAUGAUCAAAGAAAGAAGACGACUUGGAUACAUUGAUAAGUAUAUCAGAUCUUGUAAAAAUACAACUAACUUGGUGGCAAAAGACCAGUUUCAUGGCAGAAGGUCUAUCUUUUUGACCAAAAAAAUUGGGUCAUAAUUCCAACGGACGCUUCAAAUACAGGUUGGAGGGCUCACCUGCAGUGUCACUUAAGGCAAGGCACAUAGUCAGAAGACGAAAAAAGGGAAUCUUCAAAUUACAAGGAGUUGAUAACCGUCUUAUACGCUCUUCAUCAGUUCAGAGCUCUCAUAUUGUGGAAAGCGGUGAAAAUUCAGUCAAUCAGACUACGGUGGCUUACCUGAACAAGGAGGUUCGAGGGUAAGAAAAUUGCACUCAGUUUGCACUAGGAUUAUGUCCUGGGCUCAAAGUCAUCUAGAUGACCUGUCCGUUACUCACGUACGAGGGAUAGACAACAUUUGAGCAGAUCAAAAUGGUCCCAGAAUGAGUGGUCUCUGAAUCCAGUCAUUUUUUUCUCAACCCUCUUCAAGGCAGACAUGCCUCUGGUUCUGGGUGGGCUGUCAGUCAGGAGGGACCUAAGCCUUGAAUACAUAUUUCACCCAGUGACCCUAAUCCCAAGGAUUCUGCAAAAGGUGAAAGCAGAACAAGCAAUGGUGCUGGCCAUGAUUCCAUACUGGUCAAAUCAAAGCUGGUUCUUGCUUUUAAUGAAGAUGGUUUUGAAGUACUGGGAACUUCCGGUGUCAACAGAUCUCCUGGAGAACGAAGGGCAAAUGUUCAAAUUGACAGCUUGGCUGCUGCACGGCUAAUCCUGCAUAACAAAGGCAUUAAGAAAGAGAGGUUCAAGUUGCUGCUAAAUUCUACCAGAAGCUCUACCUCUGCUAUCUACUUGAAAAUUUGGACAAAAUUUCUUCAUUGGUGCAUAUCAUUGCAUAAGAUCUUCUCCUUCUACUGAUAUAAUCUUGCAUUUUCUUCAAGACUGCCUUAACCCCCUAAGGAUACAUGACAGGUGUGACAUGUCAUGAUUCCCUUUUAUUGCAGAAGCUGGGUCCUUAAGGGGUUAAAGGAGGUCUUAAUUUAUCUACUCUCAAAGUUAAAGUUUCUGCACUCUUAAAACUUAACUUCACAUCCUCUCGUUAGGAGAUUAUUUUAAGGCUGUCAGGUUCAUCAAGCCUCCAAGAAAGGAGUUUUUUUUUUUUUCCCUCUUGCGGCCUAUCUUUGGUUUUGAAGUCUCUUUGUACCCAGCCUUUCAAACCUUUGGAGGAAACUUCCCUGAGACUCCUGUCUCUGAAAACUGCAUUUUUGGUGCCCAUAACUUCCGCUAAGAGGAUAGGUGAAAUUCAGGCCCUUUCAUCAUCUGCUGAAUUUACUAAAAUUCUUCCUGACAAGGUUAUGUAUCUGAAACCUUCAUUUCUACCGAAAGUCAUCGCUUCCAAGGCUAUCAAUCAACCAAUUUCCCUGCCUUCCUUUGGUUAUCCACCUGUCUCCGAUUUGGAUGAUAAUUGGCACAAGUUGGAUGUCGAAAGAUCUCUGAAGAUCUACUUAGACCACUCCUCUAAAUACAGGAAGACUGACCAUCUUUUUGUCAAUUUCUUUGGAAAAUGUAAAUGUCAUGUUGCCUCCAAGUCUACAUUAGCGAGAUGGCUCGUGGACACGAUUAAAUUGGCUUAUUCUGUCUCAAAUCUGCUUCUGCCUGCCUCUUCAAAAGCUCAUUCCCGCCCAUAGCUCUGGAAUCUCGAUAUAUCCCUAUUGUACUGCCACCACAUGUCAGGAAAAACUGCAAUAUUACUCACUGUAAAUUCCUUUUUCCUUUAUAUGGUGGAAGUACAUCACUCCCUCCCUUUGUUAAUAAAUUUGAUAUUUUUGCAGUAAUAUGUCUCUGAGGGUUUAUUGGGACGUACUGAGGUUCCAAGGCAGGUUGGUGUCAUACCUGUUUGGGGAGGAACUUUUAUGUUAAUUGUUUAUUUCAGAUGCUUGUCCAUUCGGAAGAGUACAUGCCUGUUGUACUGCCACCAUAUUAAGGAAAAAAGGAAUUUACAGUGAUUAAAUUUUACAGGUUUUUUUUAUCAGACUCAAGCCUAUUGAAUUAGAAUAAAGUAAAGAUAUUAACUUAGUUGCUGGUUUUCAUUUUAGCAGAUUUUAUUUCGAAGAUUGUCAGCUGUUGCUCUUCCUCUUUUAUAUUUAUUUUGUUCCUGCAUCCACAGUUGUAUGUCUGUACGAAAAAUGUGCUAUGAAGGGGACUUUAUAAAUUGUUUGCAACAUGCAAAAAUCAUAGAAAGUAGUACCGUGGAAUAAUUUGAACAUAAACCUAAUAUGAUGUCGUACCCAAAUUUCCUAAUUAAAAUCAGGAACAAUAGAUCUUGAGAAUGGUUCACUAGUGCUAUGUAUAUGUCUAUGGGUAUCCCAAACAUUAAUAGUAAAUGUUGUUGUUGGUAGCAUUGAUACUUCUUUGGGUCUGAGAUGUCUUGGCAGCCAUAGUAAAGACAGAAAGGAAUGACCCUGUGUUAUUGUAUCUUCUAAAUGUACCCAUUGCGGCAGGUUGAAUUGUAAGUGAUUGUGUUAUGGAAGUAAUAAUUUCCGCCUAAUGGUAUAGUUUUAUGUUAGGGAGAUUAUAACAAAUUCACCCAAGGAGGAAUUAAAGUGUGAAUGCUGCUUUUCUUGGGAUGUUAUUUGCACAAAGAAAGGUGUUUAUUCAUUUUUUAGUCUCUUUGAAUAAUAAGCUGAAAUGAAGAUUGGAAGAGUUCGAAAUAGGUACUGUAGUUUGGGGAGAAUAACCAUCUUGGUCGCAGCAAUGCAUCCUGACCAAGAAAGGUAUUUCCCUUGCCAAGAGCAUAAUUUCUCCUUUAUGUCUGUAAAUAGUUUUAGGUAACUGGCUUUAUACAGAUGUUGUGUAGAUUGUGUGAAUUUGAUACCUAGAAACGUUAAAUUAGCACAUCUCCAGUCAAAAUGAACCGUUACUAUAUUGAUGUAAUAAUGUGGUGAAUGUUUGUAAUGAAAUGUGUGGUUGUGUCAUGGUAAGAAGGAUGUCAUCUGCAAAAAGUGAGUUUAUAUUCUCGAUUGUGCAAUUUUAUACCGUGUAUAUUUACAUUCUCUCGAAGUAAGUGGGUGAAGGGUUCCAAGGCCAAUACAUAUAGUAAAGGCGAAAGGGGGCAGCCUUGCCUGGAUCCGUUAGAGAGUGUGAAUGUCUGUCUCAGAAAUAAACCCACUAUUGACCACCUUGGCAAAUGGGUUACUAUACAGGGCAUCUACCACCAACCUAAACAUCUGUGGAAAUUCAAACUUUUGCAGAGAGGAAGGGCCAGUGCUUUCUCAGGAUCUAGUGAUAGAAACUUCAGCUAAGUACACAUGAUCCCACCUGUGGAAUGGAAUGUAGGGGCAUAAGGGAGAUUUUCAACAUCACUAUAUAAAUAUUUUAUUUAUUUUUUACUUUUUAAUUUGCGCCACCGAGUUUUAAGCAAUUUGCCUGAAACUGACUGAAAAUAGUACAUAAUAUUUUUGUUCAAUUGCAAACAGUCAGUGAAAAAUAAUUUAAUGUGCAUCCUUAUUGAAAUUGUGACUCUUGAGGACUUAUAUUUCCAAUGUCUAGACUCUUCCAUAAUAUGUCUCUAUUGUCUUUAUGCCUUUGAAGUUCUGAACACAGUGCAGAUAAUUAAACCAUUGUAUCAUCACCGGACCGCAUUCCAGAAUUGCAACUAUGACACACUAGACCAGGGUUGCCCAAAAGGUAGGCAGCCAGAAGUUGCUUUGCUCAUGGAAGUUGUAGUUUUAAUUCAUCUGGGGAUUUGUCCUUUUGGGAACCACUGCACUAACUCUCAACAUAUGCUACAGGCUAUUUUUUUGUAUUUGUAUUGCUACACAAAUUUUUGUUCCUGAACACCAUUGUCAUUGCAGAAUUUCUAAUACUGAAGGCAUUCUGAAAGUUUAUAUUGGUUUAUUGAUAUCCUAACAGCUAAGAGAAAAUCACAGUGCACAUCAUCACAAACCUCCUUCUUUGACCAGGCCAACUGUUCAUUUGUUUAGAAAAUUUGUUUAUAAACAAACUGGAUAUAUGACCAAGACACCAGAUGCUCUGUCAUCAUGCAGAAACACUACACCAAUGCUCCCUACUGCCCUAGAGACACUCAUUAACCACAGCCUUUCCUGGCUUAUUCCAACAAAGUUCCAAUCCAAAUUGGAAGAAUUAAAACGACAUGGCUUCCAAAGUCUCAAGAUUUGAAUAUUCACACUAUAAUACAGCUCUGAUACCCGUUUGAGGGACUGAUUACCUAAUUUGGAUGAGUUUUUAAAUUGAUAAAUGAACACAUUAACAAAUCUUAACUAAGUAGCUAGUAAAUGAGUUAUAAUAAAGACUGUCUCUUGCAAAAACAAAUACUUGAGUCCUCGUUAUCAUGGUGUGUUUUUUACAUUUAAAUUAUGCUAUUAAAUAUAAAAAUAGUCUGUAAACCAUGCUUCUCCUAUGGUACAGAAAUAAAAAAAAUAAAAGAAAACACAUAAAAGAGAGAAACCUACUAUAAUAUUUUUGUUUUUAUAAUUUUUAAUUAUUUUUGUUUUUUGGACAGGAUGCUUCUCUGGCAUGGAUCACGUCUGUCAAACUAUGUUGGUAUUCUCAGCCAAGGACUGCGUGUUGCUCCAAGAGAGGCUCCAGUCACAGGUUACAUGGUAAGGGAUUGGGUACUGGAAGCGUUCAAUGUUUGGCCUACCACAGUAAACAGGUGGGUCUAGGCUAAUGCUUGAAUUUAAGUUACUACUGUGUAUGUAAUGUAACAGAUAAUGGUACUUUGUGGCAAAUCUGUACAAUGCAUAUAUGUACACAUUAUGUGUUAACUGUUCCAUAAAGAAAACAAGUUGCUUUUGGUGACUAUUGCUUUAUGACACACCCCAGCACAUGUAAUUACAGGGUAUACUGGGGUGAGGUGUGCAGUUGAGAUAGGUAUAAAACACUUUUGCUUGACACGGCAACAUCAAGGUCCCAUGAUUCCGAAUGUUGCAAUGUGCUUAUUGUGUUCAAGAAAUCAUGUAUAUCAAUAUACAUUUAAUGCUAGGUUGUGCCAUAACAGCAAUAUAUUUGCUGCAAGUAAAAUAAGUCUAGAUGUUGUACUUUGAAUUCUUUAUGGUCAUUUACUUUUAUAGAUUAACGUAGACAAACGCAAACAUUUUGUCAGUAAGAUAUAAAGUGCACAUACACAAAAAAUUCUAUACAUAUUAAACAAUCAAUAAGUUGAAUGGCACCAUCUAUUUCAGUUGAGUGACCAAUGAGAAGUCACUGCUUUAUGGAUAUAUAAGAUGGAAGUUACAUCUGAGAUUGAUUGGUCACAGUUGGUAGCUAUCCUUGGUUAUGGGGAAGGGAACUAGCAGAAUGAUUGAGAGAGAAGUAAUUUAAAAAUAAAUCAGGGAGAUGAAGGACAAACAGGUAUGGAGGAAUCCCAGGUAUAAAGUGAAGAGGGGGGGAGGAACACUUGGUAGGUUACAUAGAAACAUAGAAUGUGACGGCAGAUCCAAUCUGCCCAAUUUUCUAAAUACUUUCAUUAGUCCCUUGCCUUAUCUUAUAGUUAGGAUAGCCUUAUGCCUAUUCCACGCAUGCUUAAACUCCUUUACUGUGUUAACCUCUAUCACUUCAGCUGGAAGGCUAUUCCAUGCAUCCACUACCCUCUCAGUAAAGUAAUACUUCCUGAUAUUAUUUUUAAACUUUUGCCCCUCUAAUUUAAGACUGUCUUCUUGUUGUGGUAGUUUUUCUCCUUUUAAAUAUAGUCUCCUCCUUUACUGUGUUGAUUCCCUUUAUGUAUUUAAAUGUUUCUAUCAUAUCCCCCCGUCUGGUCUUUCCUCAAAGCUAUACAUGUUAAGUUCCUUUAACCUUUCCUUGUAUGUUUUAUCCUGUAAUCUAUGAACCAAUUUAUUAGCCCUUCUCUGAACUCUCUCUAAAGUAUCAAUAUUCUUCUGGAGAUACGGUCUCCAGUUCUGUGUACAAUACUCCAAGUGAGGUCUCACCAGUGUUCUGUACAAUGGCAUGAGCACUUCCCUCUUUCUACUGCUAAUACAUCUCCCUUUACAACCAAGCAUUCUACUUGCAUUUCCUGCUGCUCUAUUACAUUGUCUGCCUACCUUUAAGUCAUCAGAAAUAAUCACCUCUAAAUCCCUUUCCUCAGAUGUUGAGGUUAGGACUCUAUCAAAUAUUCUGUACUCUGCCCUUGGGUUUUUACGUCCAAGAUGCAUUAUCUUGAACUUAUCCACAUUAAAUGUCAGUUGUCACAACUCUGACCAUUCUUCUAGUUUACCUAAAUCAAUUGCAAUUAGGCUUAUCCCUCCUCCUUCCCAACAAGACCUUCUGCAAUAUCACUAAUAAAAAUAUUAAAGAGAAUGGGUCCAAGUACAGACAACCCCAUGCUUCGAAUAUACUCCCUUGACUACAACCCUCUGUUGCCUGUCACUCAGCCACUGCCUUAACCAUUCAACAAUAUUGGAAUCCAAACUUAAAGAACUGCAGUUUAUUGAUGAGCCUUCUAUGUGCAACAAUGAUCUCCCUGAAGUAAACCCAUAUUGUCUCUGUUUUUUGAAAUCCAUGUGAUUUUAGAUGUUCAACAAUCCUAUCCUUUAACAUGGUUUCCAUUACUUUCCCCACUACUAAAGUAAGGCUUACUGGCCUAUAGUUGCCCAGCUCUUCCCUACUACCUUUCUUGUGAACGGGCAUAACAUUUGCUAACUUCCCAUCUUCUGGGACUACUCCUGUUAACAAUGAUUGGUUAAAUAAAUCUGUUAAUGGUUUUGAUAGUACACCACUAAGCUCUUUUAAUAGCUUUGGGUGUAUUCCAUCAGGUCCCAUUGACUUAUUUGUCUUUACUUUUGAAAGUUGAAAUAGAACCUCUUCCUCUGUAAAAUCACAUACAACAAAUUACUUAUUUGUACUUUUUCCUAACUGAGGCCCCUUUCCUUUCUUUCCAUCUGUAAAUACUGAACAAAAAUAUUCAUUGAGGCAGUCAGCUAGACCUUUAUCCUCUUCUACAUACCUUCCUUCUUUUGUUUUUAAUCUAACUAAUCCUUGUUUUACUUUCCUUUUCUCAUGUUUUGUCCUCCUUUUUUUUUCUUUUCUUUUUUUUUAAACUGACUGUGCUAUUUUCUCUCUUGUGUGUGAUUUGGAAGCUCUUAUAACUUGCUUAGCCUCUUUCUGCCUAAUCUUAUAGAUUUGUAUAUCUUCCUCACUCUGGGUUUUUUUUAUAAUUACUUUUGGUCACAUCUGCAGAGUUCCACAGUGGUUUCUUGAAUUUUUGGCUUUUACGGACAAGCCUAAUGCAAUUUUCUGUUGCCUUCAGCAGUGCAACUUUUAAAUAAUCCCAUUUCUAUUGGACUCCAUUUAAAUUGCUCCAGUCUGAUAAUGACUCGUUUACACAUAUUCUAAUUUUAGAAAAGUCUGUUUUUCUAAAGUCUAAAAGUUUUUUUGUUUUUUGUGUGGUGUGACUAUUCUUAUAUUAACCCACACUGACUGAUGAUCACUGGAUCUUUGACUUUCCCCUACAGUAAUAUCUGAUACCAAAUCUCCAUUUGUUAACACUAAAUCUAGUAUGGCCUCUUUACGAGUUGGCUCCUCGACGACUUGUUUUAGAGACAAUCCCAGUAGGGAGUUUAGAAUAUAUGUGGCACAAGCAGCUACUUUGGUUUUCCAGUUCAUAUCCAAAAGAUUAAAGUUACCCAUGAUGAUAACUUCCCCCUUCAUUGUCAUUCUAGCUAUUUCCUCAACUAUUAGAUUAUCUAACACUUCUAUUUGUCCAUGGGGCCUAUAAAUCACACCUACAUGAGUUACUUUGCUAUUACCAAAUUCUAACGUAACCCAACCGGAUUCUAUGUUCGCCUCGCUAACUUUUAUUAGGCUAUGUACAUUAAGAAUGUACAUUAACCAGCUUGGAACUCUUGUUCCUGGCUGGCUAAUGGCACACCAAUGAUGCUCCGGAGGUCUAGUAACACCUCAGCAAGCAAAGCGGGUUAUCUCUUUUAAGUGUAGGGUUUCAAUGCAAAAUGCUGCACAUAGUUUCCAGACCAGUCCUCAAGGCAUGCCUGCCAGUGCAGGAUUUAGGGAUUACCAAGUUGUGUCUAAGGUGUUAUUAGAAAAAGAAAUAAAAAUACAACUUGACAACUGGAUAAUCCUCAAUUCCUGGACUGGUCGGGGUGGCUUAAGAAGUGGUUUGGAAACUACUGCUGCAGGCACUGUGCCCACUGCAGAUCACUGAUCAUGGUGCUUGCAGCAACCCUUUAAAUAUGCAGUAUUCAAUAAAUAGCGAAUUAUUUAUUUGGUGGAAUAAGAAGGAACACAGUCAAUAAUGAUAUAAGAAGGCAGUAGUCACUUCAAACAUUCUGAAUAUAGUUUACAACCAUGACAAUAUAAAUAUAACAAUUCCUGGUGAUACCAAUGGGAACCUGUGUAAUUGGCACUAUAUGUAUAUAUAAGGACAGCUUGAAAUUCAACUUUGUAACUAUAACUGAUAUUGAGUGUGGUCAUUGCAAACCUGGUCAGUUCUGGCUCUUGCCCAGAAGAUUGCUAACUAACCAACCCAGAUUCCCAACACUAGAAGUUUAAGUGAGGAAAGAAGAAGAGGUGAGUGGAGAGAGAAAUAGAGUUGAGAAAGUGAGGGGAGGAAUGGGAAAGGAUGAAAAGGGGAGAGAAGGGGGAUAUUGACCCCCUCUCCCAAACUGAGACGAACCAUGAAUCACAAAGACAAACCCAGGACCUAAGUGCUGCUAGAUACCCCACAGGGCUUAGGUCUGGGCGCAGCAGUCUGAGCAUCCAUGAAGGGAGGGCGUGAGGUAAAUCACACUUCCGCCAUCUAUUGACGUAGGGCGAACACACCCGUCGUCCGCCAUCUACCAGGGACUUAGCUGCAUUGAGUAGAUGUUUAGUCAAGGAUUUUUUUUAUACAGUCAAAGGAGCAAUUUAGUGUGAUGUAACAGCAUUGGCAUGACCUGCAAAGGCACGGGAUGUAUCCAAGACCACAGUGGAUAAGUUGACAAAAUUUAGUUAAGUGUGCAGGACCACAACAUGUGGAGGUCUCCAAGACUCCCCCAUACAUGCAAUGUACCUUCCUUUAAGCAGCUAUUAAUUCAGUUCCUGUAGUUUAGCACUCGUAGCACUUUGAUGCAUUAGUAUAUUCACCUUCUCCCACUAUUGGUCUGAGUGUCACUCCAGUAUCCCAUUCUCAGCAAGAGGCUGAUUUCUCAGGGUUCUCCUGGGGCUGUUUUCAGCAGUAUGGAGUAGAUGACAGAUUCCUCUAUAUCAGUGGUUCCCAAACCAGUCCAAGAUUUAGGGAUUACGCUAUUGUGUCUAAAAUGUUUAGAAGAAUUUUUUUUAAGAAAUCCUUUAGACGCAACAGGGCAAUCCCUAAAUCCUGGACUGGUUGAAGGUACUUGAGGGCUGGGUUGGGAACCCCUGCUCCACACAGAUGUUUGAGUAGCGCACGGGGUUUUAGACGAAGUCAAGUAUCUGUGUAAAAGAUAUUUUCCCCUUUGCCAUGCGUAGAAUGCCUGAGAGCAAUGUUUUGUCGAAUGUGUUUUAUAAAAAUUGUGUAGUAGAUUUGGAUGUUGUCAAAAUUAGUUUUGUACGAAUGCAUUAGGAUGAAAAGAAAUGUAGCUUAUUCUGAAUUGAAUUUCUUGCAUUUGGACAUUUUGGCACUGGGCCAGGCUCCUAAAUCAACUUCAGUCGAUCGGGGGAACUUAAUCCGCACUAUGCCUUCCAAUGGGGAUUCUGAAAACAAUUUACGCGUCAGGACGUCUUUUGUCGUUUCUAGUAGUCUAAUCCCAUGAAACAGUAGGAAGCGCCUCUAGUGGAUGUCUGGUGCACAGUGCACUUAGCCCACUUUAAUGAUAUGAGGUUGUUUGUGUGCCUAUCCUGUCCUUUUAAAGGUACCAAAUUAGUGAGCAAUUUAGUAGAUAGAUCCUUUUUGGUAUCCUUAUGGCAAUCCCAUAAGCAUUAGAGUGCUAAGAAUCCAAAAGACCAAAACUGCAAAAAAGCCCUACCAAUUGUCCAUGGGUGGGGGUUAAUAUUAAAAAUUAUUCCCCCCACCUGUAGAAGAAAGGAUUUAGGGUGCAGAGGGGAAAGAAAUGAGGGGAUUUCAGAAGCCUGUAUCUCCCUCCUUGUAAUCUAAAACCAAUUGCACAGAGGGAAUUUUGUCCAACAAGCAAUCUAUUCCUGGUUUCAUUCACAAUUUGUAUUUGUCUUUUGAUUAAUGAUCAAGUCUACAGUGUAGUGGCCUUUUGGUAUUAACAAUUCUACAUAUCUGAUAAGGGAAUUGACUGGUGUAGAUCCUUACCUUACAUUUAAAAUCAAUGUUUUUGUAAAGCAAAUAUUAUAAACUUUUUUUUUUUUUUUUUUCAGUUUGGGAAAGGUAUAUAUUUUGCAGACAUCUCAUCAAAGAGCGCAAAUUACUGCUUCACAUCCCGUGAUAAGAAUGUUGGCCUGCUGCUGCUAUCUGAGGUAAUAAUUUCUUUACGCAUGGUGCACUCAUGUACCAUCGCUAUACUGGAAAGUCUUUUAUACUCACAAUUUUAACCUUUAAUAUGUUUGUUAACCUUUUGACUAUCAGGUUGCUCUUGGAGAAUGUAAUGAACUCUUGAAUGCAGAUUAUGAUGCUGAGAAAAAGUUGAAGGGAAAACAUAGUACCAAAGGCAUGGGUCGAAACAUACCUGCCCCUAAGAACAGCAUCAUACAGUGAGUAAUAUAUAUUUAUCAUCCAUUGCACAUUUUUAUACUGACAAACUUUCUGAACUUUACUUUGUAACCUCAUUGCAGUGAUGGCGCCCUGGUUCCAUUAGGGCCACUGGUGGACACAGGAUUGACAAACAGUGCUGGUUACACUCUGAACUACAAUGAAUACAUUGUAUACAAUCCAAACCAAGUUCGGAUGAAGUACCUGGUUCAAGUGCGUUUCAACUAUGAGUCUCUCUGGUAACAAGCAUCCCAAGACAGUCUCUUUAAACUGACCCAAGGGGGAAUUUAGCACAACUCAGUGUACAGCAGCUCUGAUCUUCAUUUCUCUUCUAAAAGGACAACAUAUUUAUUCUGCUGCUAAACAUGUCACAUUAUAUUCGUGUGAGGACAUUCAAAAAAAAAAACUGUCCUCGAAACAUAUUAACAAUCAUUGUUUAUUUGAAUCUGCAUACAAUGUUAUCACAGCCUCACUUUCAAAGAAAGAAAAGUGCACUCUGGCUGUGGAACGGAAUAAAGAUCUUUAAUGGGUUUCUUGGUCCUAUGUAUAUUUCAUACAACAAAAAUCAAUAAAAUAAAUGUUCUUUAUGAAAUAUUUAUUGCUCAUUUCUUUUAAACAACAAAAUAUAUGCAGGCCUAGUAUAAUUCGAAAUAGAUUGAGAUUAAUAAUCUUUGCAAAAUCACACCUUCAAACAUGAUGUAACUAUCUAAAUAUUACAAUGACAGAUCCACACACCAGUAUAAUCUUAACAUACAUAUAACCCAGCUUUUCCUUUACUCACACUGGUACUUGCUUUCAAUUAUUUAAUUGCAUCUUAUAUGCAAGUCAAGAGAUACACAUUUCCAUACUGAUCUCCGCAGGCUAUCUGAGGGAUUGCAGGGGAUGAGUCACUCUCCAGUUUAGGACAGAGUGACAGGCAGGUGAUAGCUCCUUCACAGUGGAACAUUCCUAUCUGGAAAUACAAAUUAACAUUACUACAAAUGACAAGACCAAUUUCUGUUUAAUCAUAAGUACUGCAAAAGUAUUCACAUACCUGUUUGAAUGGGUUACGCUUCCAGAUCUUCACGGACCUGUCCAUGGAUGCUGAGACAACGUAACCAUCCAUUGCACGGAGGCAGGAAAUUGAAGCAUUGUGCAUCUGUAAGCCAGGAAUAGGGGAAGUUCAAGGCAAGAAUUGUGCCA